UAUCUGCCACUGACGAGAGGUAAACAGGGGAGGAGAUCUCAUUUGGUUCCUGAACUGUUGCAGCGCUCAGUGCUGCCACUCUCUCUCUCUCUCGCUCAAUUAGUUUCUCCCCCUACACACACACACACACACAUGCACACACACGCAGUUCACAGCAGAAGAUCCCCAACAGUCCUGGAUGCAACUGGACUCCCACCUGCCAUGGCAGACUGAGCAGCUCUCACAAGAAAAGAAGAGAAGAAGGGGGGAAAAAAAGAAGAAAAAGAGGAAGAGAAACUGGAGGAGAGGAAGAGGAUCAGAGGAGCGUGUCGUUAAGUGUUUGUGAAGUCCUCAGGAUCGAGCCCCCAGCUGACGAUGGAGAACACAUGAGGGGGAGCGAGAGAUCCAAGGGGGAGAAAUGCUGCUGAGUAAAGUUUGUGGAUUUUUCUAGAGGGGAUUUCGUAGCCCUUUGAACUCUGGGAAAGAAUCGCAGAGGAGGGUCGACUGAGCAGACUGCAGAGGGAAAAAAGGUGAGGAUGAGUUUCUUCACUAAAGUCUCAAUGAGGGUUAUUUACCUCUCAUGCUUCAUGGUAGUAUGAGAGAAAAAAAUGUAUACGGCUUCACUUUGAAGGUAAGAGCUGCUGUGCCAUUUGUGAUGCUUUCUCCUCCAGCUGCUUGAAUUGUAGUUUCUCACUUAGAAGAAAUAAGUUGUCAUCAAAUUCUUAAUCUUUAAAAAUGUAAUCUGCCUUUCUUUGGUCUUUACAAACCUCAAAGUUAGUGAUAAUCAUGUCUCAAUGUGUAGCCUGCAGUGUUGAUUCAGGCUGACCUGUUUAAACGUCCUGUACCCUCUCUUCAUUAUUGAUUCCAUAAGCAUCGCUGGGUCAACAGAGCAUCAUGGGUUUAAUCAUACAAGCGUCAAUCAAUUUAGACAGAGAGCGUACCGCCACUGUUUUUGACAGUCAGUGCAUGCUCAUAUCUGGUGUAAGUUUGUCUUUGCAUGUCUAAAACUCAGCCUCAUUAAGUGUGAUGUUGACGUGCCAUCAUGGUUUAACCUUUUCCUAACCUUAAUGAGUUUAAAAUAAAAGCACACUGGGUGAUUUUCCUGCUUGUGCGGAGACUUUACUACAUUACUUUUUUUCUUCCUGCAGGUGGGACGUCAGACCAAAGGGCUCUCCCAGCAGCAUGGCCUCCAUCAUAUUUUCCUUUUACCACCUUUUCCUCUUUGUCCUCCUCCCUUUCCCUGCUCCUCAGCCUGUCCUCACCCAGGAUUCCUCCAUCACCACGGUUACAAUAACAGAGGGUGACCCGUUCAUUGCCCCCACAACACCUCUCAACCAAACAUCUCCAAAUUACGUGGAGCCCACUCAGAACUCUCCAUUAGAGACAGGGGUGUCUACACCCACCAGUGGUGGAGAUGCUGACGAUGAGGACGUGCCUCCUGUUGGAGGGACACGUUGUCAGGGUUACUACGACGUGAUGGGCCAGUGGGACCCGCCGUUCAACUGCAACGCCGGGGUCUUUCUUUACUGCUGCGGUACCUGCUUCUACCGCUUCUGCUGCCAGUUUCGACAGCAGCGACUGGACCAGAGAAUCUGCAACAACUACGACACGCCCAUCUGGGCCAACACUGGCAAGCCAGUGGCAACCAUCACCGAGGGCCAGGAGGACGGGGACCGGGACCGCACACACCUCAUCGUCUACAUCAUCUGUGGCGUGGUGGCUAUCAUGGUGCUGGUGGGCAUCUUCACCAAACUGGGCCUGGAGAAGAGUCGAGGAGGGAGCGGAGGAGGAGGCACAGCAGGGGCAGCGCACGCUGACCUCAACUCCAGGUGAGGAGAAUGACUGUGUGUCCAGGUGUUUGUCCAGGUGUGUGUGUGGCACAAUUAGACACUAAGAGGACAAGAAAUAGAUGGACAUGAGUCUGUGGGUGUGUCUGAUUAAUAGUUUGCAGUCUUUGUGUGUAAGUGUGUCUGCACAUUGGUGUAUUUACGUCUGUGUGUUUAAUGAUUUGCAAGCAUGUGUGUGUUUGCAUGCUGGUGUUUUCUGAUGCAUUUCAGAGCUGUUGGGAAGUAGGAAGUUCUGGCUUCGUGUAAAAUCUAACAAAACUUUUGAGUCCAUAGUCUCAUAAACCACCUGCUUGUAAUUUCCUACUUCCAUCUCCAGAUUUAUAUCUGUAGUCCCACUAACACUUGUGCAUGAGUUCAUGUGUGCAUGUGUGUGAAUGAUCACUUAGUCUCUAACAAAGUGGAACCACAUGUGACUAACAAAUCCAAACCCUGUGAAACCUUCAUAGCCAACAAUCACUUAAACUGAACUUCUCAUCAGAUUUGAUUGACAGUUUACCUUUAUUUAAAUAGAGGACAAAUAAAAGUCUUGGACUGCUUAGAUGGAGAAUAAUUUCACAAAACUCCAAUGGUCUUGAUUUGGUGUUUUUUUUAAAAGCAUGUUGAACAUUGAGACUUCAUUUUUUGCUUUUGUUCAUUAUUUUUUGAAUGUUUCUAAUUUUGAAUUUUUGUUUGUGCUUGUUUCUUUUUCCUUCUUCCAUUUUUCUUUUUUCUUCUUUUUAUAUUUUGUAUUUUUAUCCCUUGUGUACCAUUUGCUUUGCUUGUAAGCAUGACUUAUAUUUGAAAUAAACAAAAAAAUGAAAAAAAAGAACAAUUGACCAAACUAUUUCUGCUGCAAAACGUGUUGAAGAGCAAACAGCGGCUUUCUUCUGGGCAAUAACUCUUUCUUUUAAGCUUUGCAGAGUUUCUAUGACACAAAUCGAACAGUCUCACGUGACUUUUAGCUUAAAAACAAUUUACUCUCAUCAAAUCUGUUUCCAAUGUACGGUGGCUCUAAAGGACAACUGCACAAAUGCAAUAACAACUCAAAAACACAAAUUAUUUCAUAAUACACAAACUUUUCAGAAAAUUCAAACCUCCAAAAUAUCUCAUGAAACACUUAAACACCUAAAAAAACCACAAAAUACUCAUCUAAUGCAAAACAUUACACAAAUACAACAAUAUUUUCAUAAUAUUUGUUUUAUUUUAUGAAAAAUAUUGUUUCAUACAAGAUUUUUGUGAAAUGUUUUUGUUUUUCCUGAUUUUUUUUUUUUUUUUUUCUAUUUGUUUUUGUGAAAGAUUUUUGUUUUUUUAUGUAUCAUUUCGUAAUUUUGUUAGGAAAGAAUCCAUUUUAUCAUAUUUUUGGUGUUGAAUUAAAUACUCUCAUGUUGAUUAAAUAUUUUCAUGUGCAGUUGGCCUUCAGGGCCUCCGUACCAUAAGUUGAAAAACUGAGUUUUUCCCAUUUUUGAUUGUGCAGAAGAAAAGUCUCUACAGUUUUGAACUUUAUUUCCUAUCUAUGGAUACGCACACAAACAUGCACACAUGUACACUUAUACACAGUCAGGUUCAAUAUGUGGUCCAGGGUUCAAUCUGUUCGCCUCAGGAAAUCAUUACAACAAACGGCGCUCAGCAUGAGCUCAAAUCCCCUCGCUUUCAUCCCAAACUAUCUAACCCGCCUCUCCUCACUGUAUUCUCUAUCAGGAGCUAAUUCUUCUUAUCUCCGUGAGCGUCUCGUUUUUGAUCUCAUUUUCUUCCUCGAAAUCUGCAAUGCUAAGUUUCUUUGUCACAUGUUACUCAAAGUACCUCUUCAUCUACACCUCCUCUGUCCUUCAUCCUUCUGCUUUCAUCCUGUUGUUCUCUCUCUCAAAGAGCCGAGGCAGGGGCCGGAUUCAAACAAAUGUCUUUAGUUUUUUUUAUCUUUGCCGAUUUUUACUAAUUCCUCUUUUAAUUGGGAGAGUGGACGCACACACACACACACACUACUCCAGCAGCACUACUAUCCCAUUAACCUGAGGUGCAAAACUCACUCUACGGCUAACACACAGUCAGGAUUAAUAUUUCCUGCAGGGUAGCACCUCGCUGAAAUAGAAACACUCUGGCUGCAUAAACAGCCUCCCUCCCUGAGCCCAUCUCAACAGAUUACUGCUCCUCCUUGUGAUAAAACAAAUUUCUCCAAGAUUACAGCUUUAGCGUUUCUGGACUGCUCUUCCUGCACGCUCAUUUAGCUAUUAGCUAGCUGACAUAAAUCCCUGGUCCAAGAGUGUACGUGUAACUAAGACCUUAGCAGUGAAAGGCAUGAAAAUAUACACACAACCAUCCUAUUUUAUAGUCAAAUUAAUGUAUCAAAGCACAAAAAGAACUUCUACACUCUGCUGUGCACCUGCUACUUUAAAAAUGUCUCUUUCUUUCCACCACAUCUUCAUUUUCUCCACCACACAUCCUGUAAGCGGCGCAUGAUUACCCUUUUAAAAUCCACCACUUCUUCUGAAUCAGCUUCCAAAGUUUAAUCCAAAAUGAUCCUCCUCUCAGAUCACACUCCCAUCUCGUGCACACACGCAAACACACACACACACACACACACACACACACACAUAUAUCCUCCUAAUACGUGGACCAAACCAGGUCCAGUGUGCUAGCAUGCAGCUCUAAUUCCCCGCCAACAAAGGCAAGGGAGAGCGCCGCCUCAGGUCACGUGUGUCAUGUCUGAUGAAAGGUUCAACUGAAGAGAGGCUGGUUUUAAACUCACACAGAUGACCUUCAUGCUUUUACAGACACGCACACACACACACAUAUAUCUAUAUAUACAUGCACCCCGGUGAUUUAUAGUUCAAUUAACAACAAGAAGGAUAGCGGUGGCAUUUAGGUUGCGUGAGCACGGAUCAGCUCCUCACAGCCAGAGUUCAGGAUAUAGCUGGGAGGCGAAAAGCGCCACAAUACAAAGUCCACCAAACACAAGUGUGAGAGACCAAGGACCAACAUGGUGGUGGCAGAGGUCACAUGGUUUGAACCAAGUGUGUGUGGGGGUCAGUCAUGUGAGAGUUAAUGUGCAUGCAUGUAUAUGACCCUGCACUCCAGAUGCAGUCAAUAUGAAAACCUUGUAUCUCCCAAAACAGGAUGAUUUUAAUAAAACAGUAUGUAAAAUUAACCAGUUUGGGAUAAUCAUGAAAUCAGCUCAGAGAAAUCCGGUUCAGCUUUAUUCAUUUAAAAUGAAACUGACAGAAACAUUUCAGGAGAUACAAGGUUUCCACCCAACAUUAACAGCACAAGCAUGCAUGUAGAUCAAUACAUUUGACUGCUUUGCAUGUAAUUAUGUCCAGUGUGUGUUUGUGUGUGUGCACAUGUGUGUGUUUGUGUGCACCGUAGUUAACAACUCACCGCUCAUGUUAUGUAAUGAAGGUCACAGUCACUUAAAGGGUUUCACUGUUGUGUCCUGAUUUAAGUCAGACAGAUGAGCAAUAUUCAAUACCAUGUGGGUAAACAUAUAGACUGUAACUGCACGCAAAGGUUGGGAUCACCAUGUCAUAGUUCCCUCCUGCUCUCUGUGACAUAAAAUGAGAUGGUGUCAUUUUAAGGUUUUGAGGGCGAGUAGGCCUGUUGUACUCUUUUGGGAAAUUGUAUGAACUUUGCAGCGCUGUUAACUUAUAGCUCUGCCUCAUAAAACUUCAGUCAACCUUCAGUCGUUUCAGUCAGAAGUUUUGCUCUACUUUUUUAUUGCGAUUGAAUAUUGAUACUUGACUUAUAAAUAAGAAAUGGGCGUUUAAAAGGACAACAUUUUUCUGUGAGUGUUUUUUCACAAGUUUGGCUUGUACAUGGUGUGCUGGUGUACCUGAAGCUGUUCUGUUUGAGUCCAACCUGUUCCAUGUGCCACUCCCAGCCCUCUCGUUCCAGUCUCUUACGCCCUCUACAAUCUUAUCUCCAAAAAGCAUAAAAGCGGAAGAUCUAGAUCUAAAAAAGUAGGUGUAAAACAUCCUGUCUAGUUGUCCUUGUGACCGCUCUUUAAUCGGUCCUGAUUGCUUAUUAGAAAGUGAGGACCUCUUGGUCAUUUGAUAUGACUUCCUUUUAUAUCUGGCUGCUUGAUGACUUAAUAGAAAGUGAUUUAGUCAUUGAUAGGGAAUCUGAGGUUUCUCAGUGUUGAAUAAUACAUAAGGGCAUCAGUUAUAAAAAUGGGUUCUAAUGGUUCCUGAAUGUCAUAAGUGAUAAUCCAGAUCCAGAGUAGACAGACCCUACACUGUUCCCUGACCUCUGACCUUGAUUUCAAACAAGUCUCUAUAUCUACAGAGAAAAACCUAAAGCCCCUCUUACAUGUGGACUUCUGUCAUUUGAAUAGUUUUUGGACGUUCAGGCCUUGACAUCUUCAGGAACUUGUCGUUCACACAUGUGCCUCACAGCAGGAGGUUUUCGCUGUCAGAAACGCAUGAUAGAUAACACUUGGUUUAAGUGAGGAGCAGGGAGGCUGGGUAGAGCCUGCAAAAGGAGAAGAUGGAGUCUAAUGUGACUGUUACUGCAUUAAUUUCAGUGAGUCGACCAAGUAAUUUAUAUCUGAAUCUUGCAAAUUCAUAGCUUACUUAUAUGGAUAUACAUAAAAGACAGGUCCAGACUUAAGUAUUUGUUAUUUCUGGCCUAUACUGUCAGUUUCCCUGGGGUCCACUCUGAAAAAUGGGGUGGGACUCUCAGUGUGCAAAACAAAGGGGUACACCUAAAUGAUCAUGUUGUUUUUGAUCUGUUUUGCAUGUUUGUUCUGGGAUGGUGAACUGUCCUUAUGAGUAUCAAGGAUACUCGCCCAAUUAUGAUGGCAACCUCAAAGCUGUGAGCCAUGACCUCUCUGUAAAACCCUAACUAACACUGCUCAGUUGUUUUAAGUAGCUUGAUUGAACAUUCAUUUGCAAUAAUGAAGCACCAAACAAUCUGAGCAGAACCCGUACCAAUGAACCCUUGACCCAGCGCUGGGUUGAGUAUGGGUCCAAACUAAAGGGUUCCACCUCAGGGGUGUGAUUACAUCACAAAUGGUCCCCUGAAGUUUGACUGUCCCUCCAUUCAAACCAUUAGUUUCUGUUUUGAAGCCCAAAGAUGAGCAAACAGUUAACAGCACACCCGUCUGUCAGUAAAAUAACCAAGCCUCUCACGGUGCCUAAUCAAGAAUUACCAUGAACCUUAAUGUAGUCAAGAGUGGUAGGUACAGUUGCCAUAAAUGAGAAAAAAAUAAUGUAGCUUUGGACCAAAGCCAUUUAUGUACUUGGCCGAUAACCCGGUAAAAAUGGAGCUGUGGACAAACUUUAGAAAUUUAUUACACAGAAUAUACAUUUUUCUCCCCCCUGGUUGUGAUGUUGACAUGUAGCUAUUGUAAGACUGGUUUGUGCUCAAGUCUUCUCUUUUUCUGUACAGCUCUAUUUUUGAAAGUUAUUAGGGGGUUCAUGUUUUCUAUGAUUGACACUUGAAACAGCCUAUGGGCAAACGAAGAUUGCAUGGCUCACCCGGGGGAUACGCUGUUUGAGCCGAGCGUCACCACAGCAAAAGCGUACAACUCUACUGCAUAAUGUUGGUUUCAGGAAAUGGAGAAAAAAACCGAAAAUACUGAGAGCUUUUCAGCUUUAAAUCCGUAUACAGGCGGAAGGCGGGACCUAGUUGUCCAGAGUAUAUACAAUCUAUGGUUACAAUGGUUUCCUUUGCUUUUAGAGCCGGCCUUAGCUGGGAUCUUAUGGAGCUGCAGUCUCAGUCAGACUUUGAAAUCGGUCACUCUGAAAAUUCCCUCAUAUAUAUAACCCUUAAUGUUAUAAGUGUUUUUGUUUGUUUGUUUGUUUGUCUCAAUAAGGCCAACAUCACUGCGUUAUUUUCUUGAUGAAAGUUUCAUAAACUUGGGAAAACACUGGCCCCCGAUGCUAUUUUUUAAGCUCGUCCUUUAAAUAGACAAUAAAGGGUUAUUAAAGUUUUGGCGGACUGAUGUUCAUCUAACUCUGCUUCAUCUUCCAGUUUAUUUGCAGAUAUUCAGAGAGAAUUGUUGUAACCUUGUGUGCUCUCUAGUAUACAGUAUAUGUUUUGGAGCACAUACACACACAUCAACAUCGAGAGAAUAUUCGCAUCUCCUGCACAAUCCCUUUUCUCGAUGAACCCCAUCUCUUUGUAACAGCUAGUUUCUCUGUGACUUCUUCAGAGCGGAAAGAAAAAGACUCUUCAGGCAGGAAGCAAAUCAAACCAAAAUGAGCCCUAAAUAUCCUCCAUGUGAGAAAACACGUUUUGCACCGAAGAGUGGAAAAGGACAGAAGUUUCCUUAAAGUUUCUCCUCUUCUGCUGCUCCACUUUCUCAGCUCUGCUCCAUCUCUUCUGCCUUCUCAUCUGCUCCGGGGUGGAGCUGUCACUCCUUAUCACCUCUCACCUGCCGCUGAUGUGUUUGCGCAUGUCUGCAUGCAUGUUUGCUUGUGAGUAAAAGUGUGCAAAAGUACACACAUAGGCGAGCACAUCGCAACUUGCCUCUAUUUUUCCCCAAAGAAGUGAGACAUAUUAGUUGACAGCUUCGUGUCAGUAUCAGACGUGACAAUUUUCACCUCCCAGCUACUUUACCUUCCUCCCUUCUUCUCUGACUUGCUCCUCUAAGGUCCUGCGGGCUUCACUGGGCACUCGCACAUACUUAAAUGUGGGUCAGUGAUUACUGACUUAAGGGUUUGUCUAUGCAAUGAUUCUGUCUCUGUUGGCCUGUUUAUUAGAGUGGAGCUAAAUAGUUGACAUCUAAAAACUUGAAAGAUUUGCAGCUUCUUAUCUGUUCUACCUUGAGGGUGGCAUUUCCAUAUUUAAUGUCAUAGAAAAAAAGCUUAUUCGCAUGUGAAAUUUUUAUCUGUCAUACUUAAAACAGUCAAAACUGAAGUUCGUAGCACCAGCAGACUCACAGAUAGUCUGCCCCUGUAGCUUCAUUUUAUCCUCUUCCCAUGAAUCUAAUGGGCCAUCUGUCUACAACUUCAAAAAGGAACGAAAAACAGCUUAAAAGAACCCAAAGAACCGUGUAAGCUUCCUGAAAACUUUUAAUUUAGCACAAGAUUGCAUUUCUUUCAUUUCCAAGCUGGCUAAAUACAGAAAUAUCACUCAGCAGCCCUCAGGAAAGGUUACGUUAGCUUGUUAGUACAAAAACAAAACCUCCAAAAAUACCUGCAUCUAAAGCUGAAAAACACCUCCAGGAAAAUGCAACGGAUACCAAAGAUGUAAAAUUUAAUGCACCUUUCUUUUAUAUUCAGAGAAGCAGGAGAAAAAAGGAAGAAUACCAACCUCAGUGCAUGACAAAACAACUCUACAAGAUACUGGCCACAUCUUAGAGCUGAAUAAAUGCAGAAGAGAGUUGCUUAAAAACUUUGAGAAAAUCUACUACCUUAAUCACACAGCUAAAAAACUAACUCAAGACACAUGUAAAUGGUUACUUGAGAGGUUACAAAGAACCAAGUUUCUUUUAUAUUCAAAGCUGAAGAUGAAGAAAAGACAAAAACUGACCCUCACAGAAUAAUCAGCUAGUUAGCUUGUUAGCAUGAAGAGACAGCCGCUCGGGAAGCCGCCUGCACACCAGCUGAACAACAUAACAUAAAUAACAAAGACAAUCAAAUACAGCAGAGGGCUGCUUAAAAAAUGAAUAAAUAACCAUAAAACUGCACCACAUCCUUUGAAGCAGCUUCACAUAAGCAAAAAGACAUUUCCUCUAUGCUAAACAGGCAAAAGUACAGAAUCGCUUGUUAGCAUGAAAACACAUCUGCACUCGAAGCUGCCGGUAUCUAAGAGCUGGAAAAUAACAAAGACAUCCAAAUACAGCUUGAAAACUGGUAAACAACCGUAAGGCUGCAUUGUGUCCUCUUGUAGUGGCUUCAAAUAGAAACAGAGGCAAGGUAACGAAAAAAACAAACUAAACAUGUAAGAGUUUUUCAUUUAAGAUCGCUAUAAAUCAACAUGGAUUUUAGUGUCAAAACAUCAAAAUGAAACGUAGAAGAUAAAUGCUUAACGCUUUACAAUAUAAAAUCACUGGUAGCCGAGUUUAGCAUCAAGCAAAAACCCAAUCAGCAUAAUCAAUAUGACCCAUAUGGUUUGGUGGGUUGCUUAAAGACAGAAUAAAAACAUUAUGUAUGUCACCAAUAAUCUGGUUUGUCAUGCUCAUUAUUGUCAGCUCUUUUCAUGACUCAGAAAAGAGCAGUCAGAUCUAAAUGUGGGUGUAAAUGCGUCAUCGUUUUCAUGUUUGUUCAUCUUAAAUGAAAAAUGAGGCAUCUGUUAAUACAGCGUACUUGUUUUUGAUGAUAUAAACGCGUUAAAAACAGCAUUUCACAAGUUUGACUGUCUUCAAAUUUCAUGCUUUGGAUGAUAAAAAUGUCUCCGAUAUUAUUUUCAACAGAACAAUCUCACCCCAAAUCCAAAUUUUAGACAUGACAAAUCUGUCUCAACUGAGUAUACAGCAGACAGAUGUCUAAACAGAAGUGUCAGCUCACUCAAGACACACAAAACUACUUUGCAUGCAGGCCUCCAUGUGUGUGUGUUUGCGUGUGUGUGUAUUCAAGACGUAAGUUGUCAUCUGACUCUAUCAGUAAUCGUCAGUGACAGCGAUGCCAGCUUCAACUGAAGCUUUGAAGAAAAGAGGGAGGAAUGAGUGACAAGUGAGCAGUGAGAACAGAGGGGGAAUAAAAGGAUUGUGACAUUGAGAUGUCUACCACAGUCUUUUUGCUUUUUCAGUGCCGUAUCUUAAAGAAAUGUUUCUGCAGAUAAAUCUGUUCAAGGCUGGUGUCACUGAAAGUGUUCUCGGCCAUUGUAAAAUCAUUAUAUGAGUCUAUUAAAAUUUGGUAAACACUCAUAUGUUGAUGAAGUGCUGAGUACAGUGAGGUAAAACCAUGUUUAUAUCUCUGUGUUUGUGAUUAUGGCAUAUGUUGAAUAUUUUAUCAUUCAGGUCCAUCAACCAUCUUUGACAUUAUGAUGCUCAGAGUAAAGGGCAUAUUUGCGACAGGGUCAAUAAUGUGCUCAUUAAUGCAUGAACAGGCUGUGAGGCUGUACAGGAAAUAUCCAUUGAACUGUAUGUCCUGCAUGCAUUCAGCUAUAGGAAUUCAGGACAUUUUACACUGUUCAUGAUCAAUAUAAUCAUGCUGCAGCAAGAAAGACAGUGGAUUACUCUGUCUGGACAAUUACUGUUAUAUUAGCGUGUAUGCUCUAGUCAGGGUGAAAUAAUUGAUUGCUACAGGACAUUAGCAAAGUCUCAUCUCAUUGUGGUUAUGAUAUAUAUGAAGCUGGAGAGCAUGGAGGUAGAGCUGACCUUAUACACUUGAGGGACACUACUGUUACAUAACAUGUUAUGGAGUAAAACAGCUGUGGGAGGGAGGGGGUAACCUAUAUAUUAAGUUUACGGCUCUUUGUGGAUUGCUACAUCAAUUAUCAUUAUUAUUCAGUCUUCUGAGACAUUUCUUUCUGUAAUACUUGAGACUCCUAGUUUGUCACUGUUAUUCAUGUGCAUAUUUUCAUGCAUGUUGCUGUUAUUUUGGAUAUAAUUUCACUGUAUCACUCCUGCAGCAACUUGGCAUUGACAAAUGAAGAUAAUUCAUAUGUUCAAAAACUGCAGUACCGCCAGUGUCCACUUGAGGCUAGCUGCAAAAGCCAAGGGAUCCCUAUUUACAUCCAUAUUAAAACGCCAACUUUAGCAACAAAAAGGUAACAUGUUUACAGCCUGGUUCAAAAAUCAUUUUGAUCUGAGUCGUGCAUGGCUCCUGCAGCACCCACCAUACAUGGAGGGAUUUUUUUGUAACAAGUUUGUUUUCAAAGUUAUAAAGUUUACAAGAUCGGCAAAUCAGUAGCAUGGCUGAAGGCCCAUCUAUGUUAGGUUAAGAAAAAGUUGUGCUGAGUCACUCAUACCAAUAUGGCGACAAAGACAGGCUUCGCAAUAGUGUUGUGUUGUUCAUGACUGUUUCAUUCAAAAGAACAGAACUUCUGAGUGAACGACGUGAAUGGAAUGGGAUUGUUUUAAUGAACAGAGUCUACAGUCAAAAGAACUGUUCUUCCCAUCAUUACUUCACGACUUGGCAUCACAAACAAAUGGUUGACGCCAACAACGUUGUCUCUGGUACUACACAUCUCUGUACUUUGACAUGGAUAAUUAUAAACUGUCAAGCGUAGUUUAUUUAUUUGCCCAAACCAAACAAUACAAUGAAGAAGAAUAGCUAGUUUUUCUUGUAAUAUAUCAGUGAAUCAAGUCACAGAACAGAUGUAUGCUGGUAGCCUUUGUGCUAUACAUGUUAACACUGGCUGUGUGUAAGUUGAGGUAAGGAUGUCUGUAUCUUCAGAAAGCUGCGUUAUUGCUGGCCACACAAACCUGCAGAGAAUGGAAUUUAUAAAAGUCUCCACUUUGGGAGGUGUUAGUUUGCCUAAUUGUGGUCUGAUUGUCAGAGAUACUUAGAGAUUGGCACAGUAAGAGGAAUAUCUGAGUUUACUGAUAUGUGGCUGUUUGCCAUGAAGUUUGCUUCAUGACUUUUGUUUUAGAGUUGUUUCAAAGUUAGCGUGAGUCAGCAUUUCCAAUAUGGUAGCACCCAUCAUAGUUCCCUAAAGCCCCUUUUAAAAAACCAAUGGAUGACAUGUGUUUUUUGUUGACUAUUCUCAUUAUUUUGUGUGCCAUCAUGUCCGACUCUUUUCUUUCACCUUAAAAAAAGGACUUUGUUAGGGUACUCAAAGUCUCAGUCUCAAAAUUAGCUUUGUAGUGCCAGGACAAAAAAUCUUUUGGUCAUGGUUUUAAAAUUGUUUUAAAAAGCUGUUCUGUUGAGCUGCAGUGAAACAAUGUCUUUUUUUAACAUGUUCCAAAAUUAAAGCAGUGAUGAAUUUAAGCUGGAAAAUUAUGUCAAGAAUUGAUUGAAACUACGAUAAGUCUUAUUACUGAGGAUAUUGCUGAAGGACUGAUAGUCAGAUAUGAGGCACAAGUUAUUAAAGUUUGAGUCUGCGUGUUAAUAAAUUAACUCAGUUGUGAUUUGAUGAAGAAGCUGCAGACUAAUUCCUCCAUUUUGGCAGGUUAAAGGGAUGUGAGGAUGACAUCAAUUACAGGCUCAGAAACGACUAAAACAGCAACAGGGUGACAAAUCACAAUGACACCAUGAAGUAAUGAUGGUAUUAAAAUGAUCCAGGCUAUCAUAUAAAAACAGGGCAGUGACUGGUUCAGACUUUCUGAUCUGGAACUAUUUAAAGUUAUUUUUGUCAGUCCAGCCUUCUCCCAGUCUUAAUCUUGUAACCAGAACCAUCUCAGCCUUUCAAUGCAUUCGCAAAAUUUCCCAUGAAGUACAGCCAACGCUAAAUAAACACCACAUCCCCUGGAGACAGGUGAAGUUUUUCUUUUUUGUCACAGAUUAAAAGUCCAAAUCAGCAAGUUGUUUGAGCGGCAAUCCAAGAGAAGAAAGCCUGGAGGCCUGAGGCACCACACGGCAGUGAGUCAGGGAAAGGAUGAGAAGCAGAGAGAGAGAGACUGGAGGAGAGGAAGACAAUCGAUAUGGUUUAAAGAGGGGGAGGAAAAGAAGGAGACAGAUUUAGGGCUGUGUUUAGGUGAGGAGGGGUGCAGGAGAAGAAAGAAUAAAAAGACUGAAAGGAAAAGGAAUUGGAAACUGGAAAAAAAGAGGGAGUGAUUUACAUCCCUGCAGAGGAGGAACAAAGAUCAGGAGGCGUUUCAAGUCUUUUUGUCAUGAAAUGCAAAUAUUUAGAGGAGGGAAAUUUCACGUCCAAAUUUUUCUCAGACAGGCAUGCACAGUGUACAAAAGGAUCCACAAUAAGAUGAUUAUGAUCUGAAUUGAUUUGAAUGAAUGAAUAUCAUAUUCUUGGACAAAGCAAGGCUGCAGAAAUAGAGUACAACUCAUAAAUGAAUUAUCCAUGUGGUAAUUUCUCAGUUUUUGUUUUUUCUUUAAUCAGUGUGUCUCAUCCUCUGGUUUUCCCAGAAUAUCUUUCCACCGCAAAAAAUCCCCAAAUGGUCCAAAAAUCAUCAACAGCGACAACAAGAACCAUGUAAUUUAGGUAAACAACUACUCAGUCUGAGUACAUGAGAUAUGCUGUGAUUUAAUAUGAAACAAUACAGUUAAGUACAACAAAUACCAUAUGGAAAAAUACAACAUAAUAUGGUGCAAAAUCCAGUGUAGUCCUGUAUUACUAUUCUAUACAAUACCAUGCAAUACGAAAAAAUCAGGAAAUAAAUUAUGUGAUGGAACAAUAUGACAUAUGAGUUGAUAUGAUAUGAUAUGAUACAAUACAAUAUAUCACAAUACUUCACAAUGAAAUAUGAUACAAUAUUAUAUGACACAAUAUAAACAACUCUAAAUGAUUCAAGACCGUAUGAUAUGAUACAACACAAUAUAAUCUAAUACGAUGUAAUAUAAUACAAUUCUUUCCUACUGUAUAUGAUACAAUUUUAUACAAUACAAUAUGAUACAAUACAAUAUGAGGCAAAACAAUAUAGCACAAUACUUUACAAUACAAAAUAUGAUACAAUAUAGUACACAACUACACAGUACAAUACUAUAUAAUAUGAUAAAAUAUGAUACAAGACAAUACCAUAUGAUAAGAUGCAAUAUGUCAAAAUAGGACAUAACAAAAUAUGAUGUGAUUUUUACUAAAAAUUGAUAGGAUAGAAUAUAAUGCAGUACUCCAUGAUACAAUACUUUGCAAUAUGAUAUACUACAUGUAAUAAUGCAAUUUGUUACAAUACCAUACGACAUAAUACCAUAUGUUACUAUACAAUACAAUACGAAAGAGAUAGUAGAAUGUGAUACUGUACAUACCAACAAAAUGCAAGUAAAUUAGAGCUGUGAAACCCACAUAUCAGCAUGAUUGAUCAUAUUGAUCUUUGAAAUUUGCAGUCCUAUUGCAGUAUAAUUAAUUCAAAUAAAGAAUAAUUCAGUUUUGGACAAUUCAAGUUUGGUAUAGUUUAUGCACAUUUAGAAAUGACACUUGUGUCAAUUUUUUGUUUACCAUAUAUGAGAAAAUUGUCAAAGAAAAAUUUGAUAUUUUUCAACUUUGCCACAUACUCAUGCCCAAAUGUCUCACAGUGACAGGUUGUUAGGUGAUAAAAAUGAAAAUGUGUUCAAACUAACACAAAAAUAUUGGUUUCUUUGCACAUUUACCUUCAUGAACUUGGUAAAGCCUUCGAUAAACUUUAAUAUAAUGAGAUAUGGUUCCAGUCAAAGUGGUAUGCUGCACUAUGCUUCUUUUCAGUGUCACACUGUAUAAUAUGAUAUUUAAUGAGAUAUGACACAUCGAUACAAAACAGGAUAUAAAAAAGCACCAGAAACCAUCUAUACUCUAUACUGUUCCAAUGUACUUCUAGUCCGAUGAAGAGGUCAUAACCACAGACACUUGCAUAAGCACAUAUGUCUAAAUGAGACACCCAUGGCUGGUAAAUCCGGCAAAAGUAUGAUAUCUGACAGGAAAGAUGCUUCCUGCCACCAGCAGGGUCCCAGCAGGAGACACUUUGAGUUUGUCACACUCACUAACAGUUUGGAGAUCAGAGAGGUGGCCGAAGGGUUUCACUUUUUUCUAUUUGGCAGGUUGUGUGUACACAAGCUGCCCCUGGCCUUUGCUGUCAGAUCAGUCAGACUUAAACCUGUGAGGAUUUUCUCUACACGUGUAAGUUGAAGUUUGAGUGUGCGAGAGGGUGGGUGGGUGUGGGUGUGUGUGUGUGGUAGAAGGAGCUCCACACAUAAGCUUCGUUUGCGAAACAGAGGCACCAGCGUUUGAAUUAUUGAUCAAGGGAGUGAAUACCAUCAACACUGUAAAUUCAGCAAAUGCACAGGGAGCAGAAAUGUGUUUAUUCAAAGUGAAGAGUGUGCCUGAAAGUGUGUGUAUGUGUGUGUGUGUGAUUUGUAUCUGUGUAAGUGUGAAACAAAAAGGGAAGGAGGGAAGGAGGUUUGUGUGGCGGGGAAGCAUGUGUCUUUACAUGAUUGUGAGUUCAUAAAACGGAUGGAAAGUCCUUGUAGAAGGAAGGACAAAAAUGUGUGUGUCUGCUCUCCUGCAUCAACAAGCCCUGAGUCCAAACACGACCAUAUUGCAGGAAAUCUUUCCCCGUAUGUCGUUCAGCAGAAAGGCUGCUAGUUAAAUACAGCUGACUGGAAUUCAUCCCAGAGGGACACGCAGAAUAAAAUCCCACCACAGGGAGAUGAGCCGCUUUGAAAUGAAAACUUCUGUGCAAUCAUUAGCUGGAAAAGUGAAACCAGUAAAGACUCAGAAUAUUGAAUUUAAAAAAAGGUAAACGAAUUUCAAAAUACUAAUCUGCAGCCUGGGUCUGUUAAUUUAGUCUAACAAAGCAAAGGAGAAAUCAGUUUCCUAAUGUGCAAUCCUUUAAAAAGAAUAAUCACAGCAGAACAGGCCAAAAUCAAGAUGUACAUUUUCCUUUACUCAUUUAAUAUCCUCAUCAAGAUGCUGCUAAGAAUUACUUUACGGCCGACUACUCGCUGUAUUCUUCUACUGUGAUUAUCCUAAAUAGAUACAGUAAAGUUACUAUUAAGUCUUCUAACUGGAAGUGUGUUUGUUAAAACUGUCUUGUAGGUCUUUUCAAAAGUAGUCCUUUUUAUGCCAAAUUAAGCUUUGAAAACACUGAUAAAACUUUUGUUAAAGAGUCGUCAAACUCCCGAUACUGUAACACAAAUAACAACAAAUCAUGAAAAGAAAAAUAGACUGAAUAUUUUGCUAAGUAUUGAUAUGACAGUAUGGUAUAAGAUUCACCAAUUUGUUCUUAUUUACAACCACUCCUCAUAUGCAACAGAUUGAAUGAACCCUGAUUGUUUUUCGUCUAAUACAAAACCUCAUUCACUCACUCGACACCUUCCAUUCAAAAAGUCAGGAGUACCUCUGACAGCAUGCACUGUCAAUGGGAGGCUCUGUGUGUGUGCACGCUCACAGAUUGCAGCUGUUCAGGGGAGUCCUCAUGGGAGACCAGCUGAACACAUCUGGACCCCAGAUGAUGUCUAGCACCAAAUGACUAUUGUCAUUUAUGAAUUAAACUUCUCUGGCUAAGGUUGGGCUUUGUUUUGUCACAAACACGUGAAUGAGCAUCUAAAACACUGGGCUCUCACGCCGAUGUGCUCUUCAUUGAGAACAUACACUCACCAGCUCUGCAGCUAGGUAGAGGAUCACCUAUAAGACCAGAUUGGUGUCUAUGUCAUCUCUGGAUCUCCAUUUAUAUCAUUAAGUGUGAACUUCAUUCACUAUCUUCAAUUUUGUAGCCUUCAGUUUAUGUGUCUUUAAAGUCCCACUCCAACCUUUUUUUUUUAUUAUUACUUAAAAUGUUCUCAGUGGUCUUUGAAUUGUGAUUAUUAAGCUUUAGCCAAAAUCACGUUACCUGUGUCAUUAUCAAGGGCUUUUCUUCUGCAGAGCUCCAGUAUCGCAUUACCAAUGUGCCUCUGAGUCGUGGGCGGAGACAUCACUGCUCUGCACACUCCUCCUUAAACUGGCUCACAGACUAACAGACUAACAUUGCCAGUGUAGCAGAAGUAGGUAACGUAGGCGCUAUUCAGCUCUCAGACACUAAUGUCUUUAGGGACAUGAUGAAUGCUAAUAUCAUAAUUAGCUUUCUUACGAACAAUGCAAUCCGGUAACGCACACGCUUGUUCAUCCUCUGUAUUUCUCCUCUAUAUGCAGAGUGUGGUCUGCAUAGCGGGGCACCAGGGGCGGAGCUUGGAUUUGUUACGUAUAAAAUCUCACUGUUUCGGAACCUGCUGUUUUGGUCUGCCAGAGAUUCACAGCGAUUUGAAUGAAGAAAUACCCAGAAAAGCAAUUUCACAUUUAGUUUUCUCAUGAUAUGUCCUGAAAAACAGGAUUUCCAUCAGAGUGGGUCUUUACUUUCUCCUGUGUCUUGUUUAACCUUAAUUAAACCUGGUUUAUCAUACCAAAGAAAACAACAUGUUGGUUCAGUGGUUUACGUUCAGUGUGUUUGUUGUUCUCUAGGACUCUGACAGACCUGCUGAAGCAGCAGGGAGCCGAGGUGAGCACAGUGGAAAAUGCCACAGUCAGUUCACCAAACGUAGGGAGAGCAAACGGCGUCUCCACCAGGAUGCCGCGCAGCAGGAGUGGUGAGUACUGAUGCUGGGGUAAAGUACAGUGAAGUUGUGUGUGUGUGUGUGUGUGUGUUUGCAUGUGUGUGUGUGUGAAGUUAAUCCCUUUCCUGUAACUUCAGAGGAGGUUGACCAACCGCUUCAUCUCAUUUCACAGGGUCAAAUUCUUCAAGAAUUUCACUUCAUUUAAUUUUCAUGACUUUUUGGUGCUUCUACAAAUGAGGCUAAAGCGUUUAAUCAGCACCAAGAAGUGUGUACACAACAUUUUUUCCCACAGGCCUCUUCCACUCUUUGCCUCUUACCCACAGUUCAAAUCUGAGAUUACAGCGGGUUUGGGGCUUUUUGUGAAUGUCUUAUCUUAUCAGAAUACAUCUGUAUCAGAGUUUGGGGCGAGGAAGAGACUUGUUUCAGUGCACUGAUCAGAUAUUUAAUGAAAUAUCCAAACAGGUGACUUUUACACCAGCCCUGCUCUUCCAGCCUUUUAUAAACACUGCAGAGAGAGCUCUCAGUUUUAGGACGUUUUCUAAACAUUUUUGCUAGUUUGGCUGCGUCAAUAGUACGAAAUAUUUCAUGAACAUUUAAAGCCAGAGUUUCAAGACAGAUUUGAAAAGGGCUAAUGAAACUUAAAAACAAAAAACAAAUAUGUUCAUCUUUUUUCCUGCCUUGUCCUUCAUAAUAACAUUGAAAUACUUGUUACAUAUUUUAGUCUUUUUUUGUGUUCCUCUCCUUUAGGAAUAUGUUUGAUGGCACCCCAGCUCUCAUUUAGCUCUAUUUAUUUUAGGAGCUUUGCAGUUCACUCAACUUUUCAAAUUCACAACUUUAAACAUUGUUGUUACUUGUGUUUUAAGUUACUUUUUAUCUUAGAGUAUCUUAGAGGUGCCUGGAUUGCAGGACAGGUUGAGUGUCUUGCCCAAGGACAGCCCUGCAUGCAGACAGCUGGAUCGAACCCCCAAUCCCCCAAUUGGGAGACGACCAACUCUACCACUGAGCGAUCACUGCCCAAUUUAUGAACCCAGAAUAAUGUUUUUUAAAGUACAAAGACUUCCCAGUUUUGAAUGGGAAAGUUGAGAAUAGAGACUAACAACUUUGCCACAGUGUCAACAAGUGAAAUGUGCCACACACCUUCUCAACAGGAUAAUGAGGUGUGAAAUAAGCUUGACUUUGGUGCCACUUUGACUACUGAAAAUGAAUCACUAGCUGCGUUUACAUGGGCACAAAUAAUCGGAAUAUUUGACAUCUCUGCGUAUAUCUAAAUGCUUCUAAUCUGAAUAAAGCUCAGUGUGUGUAUACGCAUAUCAGGAUUGGAUUAUUUUAUUUUGCUCCCAUUUAAACCGUGAAUUUUCCAAUCCCUCAAAUUUUAUAUCGGAUCAAGAAAUUUUGCACAUGUAAACAUGGCUGCUGUUGUUAUAGGAUGUCAGCCAAUCAGAUUCAAGAAUUUAACACAGCCUGAUAAUAAAUACUCAGAAUAAGUGGUAGCAGAGGCUGAUUUGGAAGUAGUUUUAGCAGAAAAAUAAGUGGUCGCCACGGCUGACAAAGCUUUCCACUUCCCUUUGCUGUCACUUAGUUUACUCUUUUAGUGCUACCAUGCUGUUUGACAAACAUCUGUUUAAUAUUAAAAUAUGUAGUUUGCACAACUGACAUUUUCCAGAAACAUUUUUGUCCAUUUUUUAUUAUUUUUUUAUCCAUAACACAAACCUUUCACUGCUCUAUCAGACAAUUUUGAGUUAAGUGGCGUAGAGACGACAGAGUGGGACUGAACAAUAGAGCAUCUUCAUCUGUAAGUAGAACACAUGCAUGUUGCACGUGCAACACUGGUACACACACACAUAGACUCACACACACAGACUCACACACACAGAAACAGGUUAAUUAGUAUGUAAAUGUAAGCAGGCUGCACCCCUACAGGCAGUAUGUGCCAUUUCCAUACUUUCACUAUACAUGCAGAUACAGCUUUCUGGAUAUUACACACAUUCUCUCUCUCACACACACACACACACACACACUCAGAUAUGCAGAUUUCAGAAAAGGGGGUCAUAAUAUUUUGUAAAAGCUGGACUGUUAUUGAUUGCGAUUCAUUCAAAGAGCAGCUGACUGUUCUUGUGUGUCCCCAAACGUUGGUAUUAUCAUGCACAUUUAUGAGCCAGCCUGUGAACAUGUUUAUGCGUGUGCGUGGGUGGGUGUGUAUGUGUGUGUGUGUAUCAAAGGAAGAAGAGAGAGGAGGGUGCAGUGUUUGAUAUGAGCGCCCCCAUGCAGAGUUAGUUGCCAUGUUGAAUUUUUCACACAGCUAAUGACAUGCUAUGACAUGACGUACCGUACGUGAUGGACGCUUUAAUGUGGAGGGUUUUAUUGAUCAUGAUCACUUAAAUAGGGCAACACUAAAGCUUGGACCGAAAGAAGAAAAAUGAAGUUUGUUGGUUCAUUAUCUCCAAGUUGCUGAGUAACUCCUGCUUGUGGACAAAAAAAAGAUUCGCAAAAAAGUACGAGUUAUUCACCGAGCUUUAAGCAUAAGAAAAGAAAAAGGAUUUAAACAUAUACAUUCCUCAGCAUAACUGAGGGUGCUGGUUUGUAACCCUACACAUUUUCAAGGACCUGCAGUCAUCAUUAAUGAAUAUUUAUGGAAACGUAUCAGAAGAUCUUGGUAACCAGCAUGAUCUCUGCUUGCUGAUUGUAGAUAGCUGUGGCAGGUGGAUAGAUUAUACGCAGAAUCAUGUGUCAUGGUUGCAGAAGAUUAGCCUUUAUCAUGCACACAGUGUGACUAUCUGAUAUCCAGAGAAAACUUGCUCUGAGAUUAAUAUUUGUAAAAUUCAUACAGUGCUGAAAGCAGCUAAAGGAGCUAAGAUUCAGAUGGUGAUGUGCAUGUUAUCUCUCACUCUUUUCUCCUUUUAUUACAGCUUCACUUUGGUUUUCUGCAGCGGUUUUAAAGGUCAACAACACAAACAUUUCAUUUGUGUCAGUUCUGGGGCCUCCUCAGUUUUUUUUUCUACAUGCUUGAGUACCUCCUUUCUACAAAAAACUGUCAUUCUCCUAUCAUUUCACAGUAUAAUGUCACAUUUAGCAUGAAUAUUUACAUGUACUUGGUAAUAACUAUUCUGUUACUUUAGCCUCUUGACUGACACCUACCCCCUCACACUAGUUUCACGAAUUAAAGCUCAGGAUAUAAAAUUUUUCAGUCUUGUCCCUGACGGUCUUGUUUGUUUUCAGAUAUCAUGGAAAGGCAUCAAAACACGAAUUUUAGUCAAUUUUAUGAAAGUGAAAAAACCCUUACAGGAGCUUUAAUGAAAGACACAAGCACAUUGAUAUCACUGUUUGAGCAGAUGUUUACGUUUUGGCUCAGUGAGAAAUCUACCAUCAUCAUCAUCAUGAGUCUCAAUUUGAUAGCAGGAUGAGGAAUCUCAUUUAUUUACCAGCAAUGUUCUUCAUAUAAAUCAACAAAUGGCAAAUCAAUUAACAAACUUCAGAAAACAAGAAUUCAAAAAGGGAAUAGCAACUGGCAAACAGACUAAUAAUCUGCCAUGUCAAAAGAAAGACCACAGUACGGUACUAAAACAUGGUAAUGAGGGAAAGGUAAUGUGAAGUAAAAAUUAGCACCAAUGUAAUCAAAGGUGUUUCAAAAACACUCUUCUAUAAAAUAGUUCAUUUUUGGAGUCGAAAAGCGCAAAUGAAGUGCUAGAAAACCUGGUGGUAAACAAAACUCCAAAAGGCACAGAAAUGACAUCAAAAAAAGAGGACACGGUCCAAUCAUACAAACUAACAGUACAGAACUUCAAAAGUGACAGUGUUUUCAUCAUUCAACGUUUUUUUAAAUUAUUUUUCAAAAGACGACUUGAUGGGCUGGAUGACUCGAUGAUAUUGAGCUGAACGAGUGCAUGUGGCCUCCUAGUGUAGUGGAGGUGGAUAUGCUUUUAUUUAUAACUCAGUUCUUGCCCAGUGCUCAUAAACUCAGAUAAGGACAAUAAUCCAGUUAAAUCACUUAAUCCAGCUACGACCAUAUCUUAAUUUAACAGUGCAUGUAAAUGUAGUGAUCCAGACAUCUUCAUGUAACCAAAGUUGCUGCCCCCUGUAGGUAUAAACCUCCUCUGUUUUGGCUUUUCUCAACCAAAUCAAUCAAAUUUUAUUAAUAUAUAGCUCCAAUUUACAACAUUUGUCAUCCCAAGACGCUUUCAAAAAAAAAAGAGCAGGUUUAGACCACGCUCAUUUUUUGAUGAGAUAUCAAGACCCAACCUUAAGAUGGGACAGAUUUGACCCUCCCAUCUGACAUGAGUGACAGUGGCAAGGAAAAACCUCUUUUAACAGGCAGAAACCUUGUGAAGGACCAGACUUAUGUUAGACAGCCACCAAGCCGCUGCUGGGUUUGGGAGAAAUACACACUGGCCUCAGAUCGAGACAUGUUGUUCUGACAAUGUCAACAAAUACCAGCCUCUUUACUGACUCUAAAUCAGUCCCAUUAAAAUGAUCAGCACAUGUGAAAUUUUCAGUAACUCGAUUAUUGACUCGAUUUCUGUUCUUCUUCUCUCACUCCUUUCCUUACUUUUUUUGCUCCCUCCUGCUGCUUUUCCUGUUGCUGCCCUAAAAUCUUAAAGUCUCGUGUAGUUUUCAACAGCAUACAGACGAAUUUUAAAUCUCCCACCGCUGAGAACCAGUGAGGGCUUGAGAAUUGAAAUGAUGAUCCAACAGCCUCUGAGGGGGCGAGCGUCCCACAAAUUCUGAAUCUUCUUUAAGCACAUGGUGGAGACUCGUAAGAAGGACCAGCAUGCAGCAAAAAGUUUUGAUUGAAUGAGAAAGUUGAAGUGAGUAACGGAGGGAGUGGGACAUAACUGAGUCCACUUCUUAAUGUGAAGUGACAGAAGCAGAAGGCAGGGGGCUUAGCGGAGAAAUCAGUGUUGAUGGAGAUACUUAUUGAUGCAAAUCUGUUCCAUAUUCAUGCAUAUUACACCCACAGAAUGUCCACUGGCUGUUUGUGAGCAGUGAAAACAGACAGCAAAAAAAAUGUUUGUCCAGCGGGGCUGCUUAGUGCCAGCAAAACAACAAGCAGAAAUCCUCAUCAUGUAAGAACUCGCUGUGACAGGUACAAUCUAAGAGGAAAAGUUAAGUUCAAGCUGAACUUUGCCUGAGGAAAGUCUGAUAAUACGUCACCUGGAAUUAGUCCGCACACGUGAAUAUGUUCUUGGUCAUUUCAUGGUUUUCAAAAAGCUCGUGGGUUGACAUUUGGGGGUCGACACAUGAAUCACUUCGCUCAGUCAGAAACCUUUAUCCCCAGCUCACCGUAAUGCAGUCACGUCAAAGAUAGCUUACAAUGUAUGCGGAGACAAAAUGUGCUGCAAAAUGUGCCCCUAAUUAAGCCACAGCAGAAAGUAGAACACAACAUGGAUCGCAGGGUCAGAAAACAGAUCAACAGUAUUGGUUUUUCCACAGUAAACAAGAUGGUAGACAGAGGCCUUUGGAAAAAGUAAAGCUCAUUACACACAAUAAUACAUUUGCACUGAUCAGAGAAAAGAGCUAAAAGGUUCGCUGCCCUCUCUCUCUGCUGGACACUCACAUUUAAGUUGGACUUUGUGACAUUUGAGAAAAAUUCAGUCAUCAGCCAUUAGAUGAAUGAAAAGUUGAAUUCAUAACUUCAGCUACAGAGGCAGAGUGAAGACCUGCAACAACGCAGAGGACCGAUCCUCCAUAACAAACAAUACUGUAAAUAUAGCCUAUAUAUCUUAGGGAAAAAGUGGCAUUAAUUCACAUACCAUGACACCAUUAAAAUGCUUAAACACACAUUUCAAAUGACACUGUUUUCAGCUGAUUUUAAAAUAGCUGAUCUUACACUGAUGCUUCUUUAUUACCUACAUGAUGCAAUGAGACCAUAAACCCAAAGACUGAAUAUUUCUUGAUGCUGAGUCGUAGUGCCUGUGUUUGGGACAGAUUUUUAGUCUAGGUAUUAAACACUAACUCUAGUGGGAAGUGGUCAGACUUCACCCUGCCUGUGAAGUUUGGCAAUGAGAAGUAAGUUAGAAAGAAGAGGGCUUUUUUCUUUAGAUGGUUUCUUUUUUAGGGUUGUGUACUUAUGGUUGUUACAGAAGCAGUAUGACUAUUCCCUUUUAAAACACUGUUCGAGAUGGAAAAAUCUUCCACCAGGGCUUGGGUAGAAAAGAAAAAUAGUUUUGGACUUACGGUUUGGGGUUUUUGAGCAAAUGCGUCACUCUAUGAGGACAAAAAAGUUGGCCUUGUAUAAAUUACCCCAAGCUCAUUUGCAAUGCAGUCUUCAUGCUGGAAAACUACUAGUCUCAUUCGAAGAAGUGACCAGAAUCACCACAACAUGACUCCUCCACACAGUGGGUGUGAUUUUAAUGCAAACAACUGUAUAUGAAUUAAAUGUUUGGUCUUUUUCAUCAGUAUAAAUACUUGUACAGGGAACAUUUGAGUCUAGAUCCAGAAUGAGGAUCUUUGUCUUUUUAUUACAUAGUUUCAAGUUGUAGAUUUUUUAUUAAAAGCUGCAAACAAACUAGCAGAAAUAAAAUCUUUCCUCAUUUUUGUUCUUUCCUCAAGUUGAAAUUAGAGAACAUCCUUAUUCCUUUUUCCUCCCCCGUAUCAACACACAUUGUUGUUAGCUUUUCCCACAUGGUCAGAUUGUAAUAGUGAACUUAUGUUUGCAGCACUGUGCUGUCACCUGUGUAAGCCCCAGUUUAGAGCUGUAAAUUCUGCGUGGGACAUAUCAAGAUUUAAACGGGUUUUAAAAUUAUGGUUUAGACCCAUCUUUAGCCUAUUAUUUUUUGUGUGUUUUAGGUUGUACUGAAAACAAAUCUGACAGCUGCGAUGGGGUCAGUGCAAAAAUACUCCACUUACCUCAACUUUACAUUCAACGAUUUAGAAUUUUCCUGCAAACAAGCCUAUUUGGCUUCACAGUCUAAGUGGACACUCCAAGCCUCUCAUUUUGGACUCCCAGCCUCAACACUUUGCUGUGUUUUUUUCUCUCUACUUCCCAAAUUCUCAGUCUCUCCUCAGCUGUUCUCUGUACUCUCUGAUAAAGGAAAUAUAUCAUAAUCUCGGGGUGCAAGUUUGUAGAUGUGUGUAGAUGUCAGUUCAGGUCCAACCUGUGGCCCCUUUACCACAUGACACCCUAGUUUCCAUCUUUAUUCACAGUCUUGUUUUCUCUGUAUUAGGAUCGUAAAAGCUCCAAAAUAAUUAAGUAAGUAAUCUUUAUUUGUAUAGCAUCUUUCACAGACAAAAAAGUCACAAAGUACUUCACAUAGACAAAAAUAAAAAUUUACAUAUAAAUUAAAAGGCCAAGACAACAAUGUUAAACAGUCAUAGCAGCCCCAAAACAAUAAAACAAAAGCCUGAGCAAAUAAAUAAGUUUUGAGUUUUUAACUUUUAAUCAUAACAAUCAUGCUACCAUGACCUAAACUGGCCUAUCUCCCUUGAUGCUGUAGCAUCACACUGAACUCAAUCAUUCAGAGAUGUGUAGGCUGGUUUAUUUCUCAUCUCUUGGAAUUAAUCUCCUGUAACAAACCAGUUAUACAAAACACAUUUGUUAUAUAUGUAUGUUAGUGUUAAACCCCCUUUAUUAUUUUCAAUAAGUCAUAGAAGUAUCAUGUUGAGCUUGGGAGCAGAAACACUAAUCUGCAAGUGUGAUUUAAGGUGACUCUUUUACCCACCACUCGUAAUAACAGCACUUAUCUAACAGCUUCUGGUAGCUGGCAUCACAACAUCCAAAUAUGAGGUGUCAACUGUGUUUACAUUGCGUGGCAGAAGUGGAAUUUAUUCAUUUGACCUUUAUCUUCCUCUUCCUGAUCCAAGAACGAGGCCAACAGCUCCCCACGGCUCCAUAUCGUGCAGUAUUUGCUAAGUCAUCCAAUCUCACCUUAGGGAUUGAAAUUCCCCUGGUAACGAAACACUAACUGCAUGUUUGGUGAAAGUGGGGUUCACGUGACAGUAUCGGCACCCAAGACGCAUUAACUCUACUUUCACAGGUUCAACAUGCCAAACAGUGAGAAACUUACAGAACAAGAUACAGUUUGAGAGAUCUACGUGUUAACUAGGGACAGGAAGUGGAAAUAUUGGGGUUUAAAAGUCAUCAACAAACAUGAGUCAUUGCAGAAAGAGCGCUUGGAGCCAAAAGCGCUGACCUAUUUAUCAAACAGGACUGCAGAAGCACUGUAGCAUGACCCAGUAACACAUCACUCUUCCUAACACUAAUUUCACCUUCUACUCUCACACUUUGAUUUUGUUUUGAAGCCAGAUGUUUAAGGAGCUGUAUUUGGAGCGCUCGCCUCCUCCACAGCGUGUUCCUACACUCUUAACUCUCCCCCCAGGCCACGAGAUUUAAACCACUUACUCCUGUAAGUUAAUGAUCUCAGUUUGAAUCUUUGCUCUCUUCCUCAUGUCACGUCGAUUAUUCUCACAAAAAGACAUGCGUACCACGACUCAGCAGAUCGCACAAAGCAAAGGUUUUAAAAAUAUGUGGAGGCGGGAGGAGGAUUUGUUUGUCUGCUGUGACUCCGCUGCAGUAAAUGAAGAUGCACAAAGACUUCCACAUAUGAUCUCAGCGAUGACAGACGUACUCCGCUUCCCACUUUAGUCUCUCAUGUUCACAUUUUGUCUCAGUGCUGACAGACAGCAUGCAAUGCACGCACUUCUUUAUCUCUUUCCCCACGGCACUUACAGCUCUUUUCAUGUCGUUUCCCACACAGAAACACAGUCAGGGGUGCAUAUUUUGAAUGCAGUACACUCGUUAUAUGCAUGGACGCGUGAUAGCCUUAUUGUCACUCUCAGUGUUUCAUAGUGAUGAGCACCGAAAGUAGCCAGGCAGUGUAAACGGCAAACUGAUGGUAUAGGUGUGAGGAAACUCCUGUGUGGGUGGGUCAUGGUAAAGAGAGAGAUGCAGGAAGAGAAAGCCAACAAAACUCCUUCAACUUGUCUUAAAAGCUCAUUAGUUUUAGUCUUUGACCUGAAAAUGGAUUAAUCCAAAUACGUCUCCGCUCCUGCUUGUGCGUCAUUUGCUAAAACACGCCAAAAUAUUUGCUUCCUUUCAUCUCAAAAACCUUUAAAUUCUUUCACGCUCUCUUUGAAAAUAAAAACCCAGACUCUCUAUCGUUCUGUCACAGUCAUACUUUAGUUUAGUUUCCUUUUUAUGUGCCUUUUUAUCUGUCACAAAAAGACAGGAUGGUCAACUUACAGGAAGCAGCGGGAAGACCCUCUUGGACACCUCUGUUUUAGUUGAUUUCUCUCUUGUCUGCACUGGAGCUAGUUAUUGGUGGAGGUGUUGUGUCCUCUUACUAAAAGCCUGUGAAUUCUGAUUGAUCAAGUCCUCAUAAAAAUGGCAAUUAAUUCACUAAAGCAUAAAAAACGCCAGGCACAAUCUGAUCAAAUGCAUUAAAUCAAAUUAAUCCGCAUAAAGAAGCACUUGUUGUUGACGCUGUGGCAAAAUCCUUAGUUUCCCUCUCAGGCUGGUCUUUAGAGUCGGAGACUAGAGACACUUGCAGGGUUCAGAUAUAAAAGCAAUCUAAGGAGAUACCAGGCCCCAGUUAGCUCUGAUAGGGAAUAAUGGAGCAACAUCCUGUCCUGCAAUCCAUGCAACAGCAGCAGAAAGAGCAGAAGACCUGUUCACUCUGUUUAAAGGAAAUGUUCAGUUUAAUUUUUAUUUAUUCUACAGGGAGGCUGAUGAGACUCUGUUGCCAAGGAAAAACUACUGACCAUCUUUAAAUCAAUAUUUUGUAUUUAACUCAUUAAUGAGUAGCUGGGUAAUCAGUGUGAUAGAAGGUAGAGAGCAGCUGGUUAUUCCUUCAGGGUGAGACCAGGCCCCCUCAGUUUCAAGAGUAGCCUCCUGUCUCAUACAUGGCCCCCUGUGGCCACACACCUCUGAGCCUCUAGUUUUCAAAAUAAAAGCUUACAUCUUGUCUGCCCUUUGGUGUUUUGUUUUGGUGAAUUUAAAGGUAACUGCAGUCAUGCUAACAAAUACUCAAGAAUUUCCUGAGAUUAAAGGUCCUUACACACUGGGAGCGUCUUUUUCGUGCGAUUAUUUCAGACGUCAAUAUUUUUUUUCGAACCCGUAGGGUCAUUCAUAUCCUGUCAAUACAACCGUUCACAUCAGCGACGUUUUCCCAUCCUGUUUCGUUUUAUUUCGCAUACUGUGUGUCCACUUCCGACCAAUCAGAUUGCAUGUUGUUGCGACAUCUGAUUCACCAGUAUAUCCAACAUGGCCGACCGGUUGAUUGUUUACGUGUCAUAGAACAGAGUGCUUUUAGAUAAAAGACACAAACUUUAGAAAAGAUAACGACCUGAAGGACAACUUGUGGAGAGUCAUAGCGUCGGAUUUCUCAUAUGACGAUAGUUUGUGUGCUUUAACAGUUUGCUUAAUGUCUUUGUUUUAACUUUUAUCUGUACUAAGUAACUUUAGCUCGUAAGCUAACCUGUUCAGGUACAACAUACCAAAUGUAUUUUCACUGUCUCAAACUCAAUGGCGUUGCUGUCACAGCACCAUUAGGUCUCGGUUGUUACCUUACAUUUAUGGAUUAUAGUUUAAUGUGCUUAUCUGGUACUGGGCCUGACUCAGUACAUGCUAUCAUGACAGACAGACAUCUCAACACUAGUGUCUAAUCAGAACUGAAAAACAGACAGUCUGCUGUUGUGUCAGUCUUCUCGAUUCCACCCGGGAUGCGUCUUUUUUCCCUCCGGAAAGUCGCAAAAUCGCAUUGUGCUUGAUAUGUAUAGUCAGGUGCGUCAAAAUUCUCCUCUGAAUAUUUUGUAAUUUCCCGUCGUAUAUUUGUGGACCUUAAGUUCUAUGUUUGCAAUGUCUAUGUUUAUUUCAGUCAGUGUGGUAGGACUAUAAAGCAGAUGACAAGAUCUACAGAGUAUUGUUCAAACUUUUGAUCUUUGUCUCACCUCUAUAUAAGCCCCCUGGUGUAGGAAAAAGACUUCUGUUUGUGUACAACAGACCUGAUAGAGUGUCAUCUUGGUUCCUCUUGCAGGAAAGAAAUCUUGUUUAAAUACUCUCCAUGAUUAGAAUAAGAGAACCUGACUUAGUUAAAUCCUCUCUGUGGUUAAUUUGACAGAAAUAAAACCACUUUUAAUAAAGUGGGACACUCUUCUUUCUCUUUAUGGACACCCCCUAAUCUUCUGUGAUAUAUAUUCUGCGCAGUGGCGAUUGCUCUAAGACUGCAAGGGAAAAUGUCACCCCCCCAAAAAAAGAAAAAGUGGUGAAAUACGUACGGCUGUGUGUACAUUUCAUUAACUAAAUACGCACUCGAAAGCCUUCAUCUUUUGUUCAGACACUGUGAUAAGAAGCUGAUAAUCACAGGUAACCGGCAUAACUUCGUUCUCAUUCAUCCUCGCAGCGCCUCAGCGCUUUAAACAGCCGGACGCUGGGCUUCUGCUGACUUCAAUGUGGAAGCUUAAAGUGGGUUGUUCCAGCAGCGAAACUAGACGCUCAUUGGAUAAAUGCUGGGCUUUGUCCCGCCCAAUGGAAGCCCAGCUUCACUGGAGUUCUAUGGCGAGAGGGCGGCCCCGACUUUCUCCCGGACUCCUAGCUUCUGCAUUUAUGAUUGGAUUAGCUGUCUGAGGCGAAAUCCUUUUUUGAUUGACAGCUAAACAAGCGAAUCAGCGAUCUUGAAGAAUAAAACCUCUACCAGAGCAUUUUCCAAGUCAUUCAUUCCAUUGUUCUUAACUGCUCCAGAGACUUUACCGAUCCUCAGCGACUUUUGUCUUUGUUAAAAACGACUGCCGUUGUGUUUGGCGACUCUGUUCUGUUACAUACUAAUAAACAAAUACAAUUAUGAUGUAGGCCAGAAAAAUGAGCUUCCCCUCCUUGAAAGACCAGCAGCCGCCACUGAUUCUGCGAUAUAUAAAUAGUCUAUUCUGGUCCAAAACGUUCUCUUCGUCUCUGAGAUCAGACGGCCUGUUUUAACACACCUGAAUCCUUUUGACAUGUGAUAGAAAAGAAAGCCUGAUCUUCACCUUAAUCGCCCUCCAUCCCUGCUGAGAGGGAGGAUAUUACAUAACUCAUUAAGCAGCACUCCUGCCUCCGUCUUCUGCACUAAAAAGACCCGAAGAUCCCUGCUAGACGCUCACAUGGUGAUGCUUAAUGGUGAAAUCAACAUGUGCAACUGUGCUGGAGUUUUAACAUCCACAACCCCAGACCACAUCCUCUCCUGAGUCCCUCUCUUCUUGUUUAAUAUAUUGGCCUGCACACACAGAUGCACACACUCUUACAUACUUAUUCCAUUACGUGGACGCAGACAAGUUGUACCCAAGAAGAGAGUUUGGCCAAGCAGAUGGGCUCAUUAAUAUGUCCUGUUUGUAUUUUGGGAUUGGUGUGUGCAUGUAGCCUCUGGAGAAAUCAGCCUUUUAUUUACACUUUUCACACUAUUUUCUGUGAAGGUUAUUUAAGGAUUGUGUAUCCCUAUGUAGUAGAGACUGGAAAUAAUCCAAGCGGGGUCUAAACUCAUAUUUUUUUUCCCACAAAAUUUUGUUGACAGCCGAAAUUAAGCCGGAUGUGUGCAUUGGCCUCCAAUUAAGGACUUUCAUGAAUCAAUCUGCAUCUGUUUUCUGUUUGUACACAAUGACCACAUAUGCAUGGGUGCACAUUUUGGCAAGGGAAGCACAGUGGAGUACAACAGUUUAUCGGACUCCAUGUAGGGAAAUUAACCAUCAAAGAUCGUGAUUUCUAUCUAAUGAAACCAACUCUGACAGACAGUGAAUGACCCACAGAGCUGAGUGACGUUAAAUGACGUAGCAAAUGUGCAAACAUUUAGACACGUGAUACUUAUGAAUACGUUAUGACAUCUAGAAGCAGAUUCUGAGCUUCCAGUCUUUAGAUAAGAAAUAAUAAACACAACAUAUUAUUUUUGAUGUAAAACAACAGUUCCCUGCAUUCUUGGUUUUGUGAACUCCUUCUGCCAAAACAAUGAGUACCUAGAAAUAUCAGUAAAUCCUACGUCAUGCCACAUGUUGGUGUCCAUGAUUCAUUGUUUGCUAGUUUUUUGUUUUUUGGUGGUUAACUAAAGCGGUUUCUGUUGAGCACUGGUUGUCUUUGAUUGAUUUGUCUUUGGUUUGUGUGAACUUUGGCGCCUCCUGUGGACAAAGUAGUCUUUGCUUAUCUUGUCUUGUAUUUGCUGAAAUGGUUUUUUCAACAACAACAAAAAUCGCACCGGUCUGACUUUAAACUGUCAAAUUUAUAAGUUACUGUGACUAUUAUGUGAAAACAUGUAAGCAGGGCUGUUUUAUCAAAAUCAUCCAUCAUGGUCUUGUUUGUUUCUAUAUAUCAUAAAAAAACAUUAAUAUGACUUGAAGUCUAUUCCAUAAAUGUCAUGAAACUCCUCCCAGGAGCUUUGAGCAGAAUUUCAUCAGUUUUGCUCUGUUUUCAUCAUUUCCCCACUCAGAUGUCAGGAUUGCUGAGGGAUGUUCAGUCUGACUGGGGAGAGAAAGCAAGUGCACACCCUCUCUGAUGGAGUCUUUUUGUUGCAGUACACUUUCAUUCUCAGUAGUUACAGACUGAAGAAUCUGACACUUACUUUUAAAUACAUGAAUGCCUCAUCUAAGAGAAGAAGGAGAGAUAGGUACAGGCCUUAGGUACAGACAGAUUUAUACUGGAGAAUCGUUGGCUUCAAAAAGAAAAACACACACCAGUUUGAAAUCAGUCUCCUUUGACAAAAUCUCCUGAAACAACCAGCCUGUGAUCACAUUUUAGAGGAGCUAUGAAAUCUGGCAGCUUUAUGACAUAUAUUGAAGUACUUUUGUUUCAUUUUCUGUCAUUUCUAGUUGCUUCAGUGAUGUAAGGAGGGACAAUAGAUAAUGAAGAUGAUGUGUAGAAUUGAGUUUAAGACGAUGUGGCUGAUGAUGAAAGUGGCGAUAAUGACUGUGAUGACAGAAUAAAAAGGACUUUUUCCUCAUAAUCCACUAAUCUGGCAAAUGCUGAGAGGUCAGCUCUGCAGCACUACACUGGAUGAUACACUGAUCACACACACACACACACACACACACACACACACACACACACACACACACACACACACACACACACAUGAACACAACGUAGUAAGCUGAUUAGCUGUGGAGUGGUGUGUGUGUGUGUGUGUGUGUGUGUGUGUGUGCGUGAAUGGUGAUUAAGGUAGGGGAUCAGAGUUGUAAGAGUAAACGCUGUUACUGUAAGGACUAACUCUUGACAGUUUCCCAACCCUUUGGCUUCAGGAUCGUUUUCUAAUUUACUCCAGAACAUGCUGCUGUCUUCCUCUUAAUUCUUUUUUCCUCUCGCUAACACUCUUUUUUUUCACCACCUCUGUGUCUUAGCUCUUUGCCCAAUGUUAUGUUUGACUCUUACAGAUGUCGUCCCAUACACAGCUUUGUCUUCUUCUUCCUCAGUUACCGAUUGAGAUCAGAUUUAGGCCCCAUAUCUUGGGUGCAGACCUGAUACUGUUGUUUAAGACCCACAAAACUGGUGUGCAUGCAAUACUGUACGCUUACACUUGAACAUAGGGGAAUCAAUGCAGUCUACAGUGAAGCUAAGCAGUGACACGAGCUUUAAAUAUCUGUUGUAAAACUAACAGCAGCUCCACUAUAUUUUAAAUUAUCUUGUAUGUGUCCACAAACUUUGCUGUACAGCUUCAGUAAGGUAUCUGAAAUGUAGUGUUAAAACAGCAGGACAAACUGUGGAUCUACAAGCUCAAAGCUUACAUCCUCUAAUAUGGUGAUAGGCUACUUAUCCAAAUGGAUGAAUUCAACGCCUCCUCCGUCAUGUUGUCUUUCCCCUCAAGGAUAUUUAGCCCUCCUUUUAAAGUCCAGGGUUAGUCGCCUCAACACAGCAGCCUUUGGUUAUGUUGCCAUUUUCUGUUGCAGUUUUAGUUUAAGGGCGUCAUAUCAAAUUGGUAGUUUAGCCCUUUUAUGGCCAACAUUAUGAUUACAUUAAAGGAUAAGGUGUUAUGAAAUCUUGUUUCUUUGAUGCUUCCCUCUAAAAACACUCUGUUAAAGUCAAACAAACGCUGAGUCACAAACAUGCACACAUUUACAGCCUCUUGAGUCACCUUCAAGAGGUCACUUUGGGAACUGCAGUUUAUUGCACUUCAUGUUGCUGAUAUUUUCAGCCCUCUAAAUCCGCUGUUUGGGUUGUACAUAUUAAUAAUUUUAUUCAUUCAAGAUGCCUGUUGAUUUAACCCACAUAGAGGCUCUGACUCACUUGUAAACAUACCUUUAUUAUCUCAAAACUAAUGCUGCUAAUUACCUCUGAUGUUGUUGCUCUCAUCCAAAUGACCUUACAAAGCAUGUUGUCCUGGUGAUUGUGUGGACAUCCCUGAGUGCUGCAUGUGCGCCCAUCUAUUCCCGGGGCUGAAAUCAAGUGCGCUGGCUGCAUCAGUGGACUUCAUUAAUGCUAAUAACUAGGACUUCUCUCUCUCUGCUCUCUCGCUCUCUCAGUGUUUCCAUUACUCAUUGACUUCCGUUCAUUUAGCCUGGGAAAGUCAGGCCAACAAGAGAGAGACUGCUGUCUCACCCCAAAUCACCAUGCCUCUAAAAAAGAUGACUUAUACUUUAAACACAGAGUUUAUCUUCACUUUGAAGUUUCGGUGGUUGGUUACCUGAAGCUUAGAGGGCAGAAAAAAUACCGUGAAACAUCCUUCUGUUUUCUUACUGAAAUAAAGAAAUGAUAGAGGACACCUGUUUGCAUGUCCUGAUAAGUUCAUUUUAAAAUAACCACUCCUCUGGACACCACCCCAGAGAUACAAUUUACUGUAGGUCCAAACUCCCUUUUCUCCUUUUUAACACUUUCUUAUCAUAGGUAGAAGCAAACACCAACAAUAUUUUGGAGGGAACAAAGUGCAAAAAUGUAUCCUGUCAUCCCCCCAGUCUUGUUCUUGUUGUCAAACCUCUUUCUCCUCAACUUCUGCUGUUAAAAUUCAGACAAGAAGCAACAUUUUCACUUUAUAUAUUUGUUCAAACCACACCGUUCUCUAAGCCCCAUGUAAAACCGCAAUCCUUUUAAAACUAUGUUGUUCAAUUAUGUCAAAGAAUGUCAAUCAUUUUUACUGUGAACAAUGAAUGUUUAUUGUGCUGGUUGAAUGCCAUAAAAUUACUGUGUUUGAUAUGAUGUUACUUCUACCUUGACUGAAUCCUUGUGAAAGUUUUACAAGCAGUUACAUAUUUCUUAUUGCUAGUUUUCCGGUGCAUACACAUGCCAAAUGCCAAAAAGAGUCAGAUCUAACUCCUCAUAUUUUGAUUUGCUUGGCCACAGACCAAGCAGCAUUUUUGUGAACAUGUAUUUCGACUGUGAAAUUACCACAAAUUACCAGCCCUUAAACUUUGGCUGCAGUGUUCAAGGAUGACUUGUUGAAUUUUGGCUGGAGGCAAAUAAUUAUAAUGCUGCCAUGUGCAGUAUGCUGGAUGCAUGCUCGGCUGUGUACUUGGAGAUGACAUGGUCGCACAGACUCAUAGGGUGGAGGAGUGUUGUCCAGUAAGAAGCACUGCUCAUUUGUGCUCCGAGGCAAGCCGGGAGGGAAAUCAAGCCACGGUUCAAUGCCAGCAUUUUUAAAGUUUAUUUAUCAUCUAAAGUUUGUUUAUGUGCAUCUGGCAGUUAUGGUGUGAUUAAAUAGUCUAUAAAAAGCUAGGUGGUUAACUUGUGGUAAUGUAGUGGAGACUUGAGCUCAAUUUGAUUUAUUCAGGAUUUUAGUUUAAUUUAAAAAGUCACAUGUCAACAACACAAAAUGUUUGCCGGUCUGAAUAUGAGUCUGAAGAAAUCAUAAAUCAGAUUUUAGAAGGACUGGUUUCAAUUAAGAAGAGCUGGUAGUGGACACAGCCUUGAGAAAUUAUAGCAACAAUGAAAACUUCUCGGCAUCAUUUUUUGUUGACAAAAUUAACACUUUUCCUGUGUCACAUGAUAACCCUGUGCUUCAUUUGUUAAGAUAUUUCAAAGAUGUCUGUCCCAACCACAGUGAUGUUGUAAACUGGCUGAAAACUCAGCUUUUCUUAAUGUCUAAUGAAAACAUCCAUUAAACUUCUACUUUAAAUUUCAUAUUUUCACAGGCGUUAUGGGAAUUUUUUUCCCUUCCCUCUUAUAUUCAAGGGAUAUUCCAGCAUAAAAUUAAUUUUGGAAGAACAUUUAUGAUCAUUACUUCAUGGAAAUGUUAUCAGACUGAGACGCUAAGGCAGAAGAACUACCACAUCUGCAGUGCAAAAUGAUUAAUGUGGUGAUUAUUACUUCAAAUAAAUGAUAAAGAAAUGAUCAUAAAUGUUCUUCCUUGAGCUGCGUCACCCCACAGCAGUCCUUAAUGGACUGACCCGAGGUCUCGCUGCAAACAAGCAGCUGCUGGAAGAGAGUAGGUAAGUUGUGUUUAGUCUCUUUGCUAAAGAAAUCAGGCAAAGUUGAAAAGAUGUUUGGUGGCUAGUGCUGUGGCUGGGACCCUAUAUGUACUGUUGAUGAAGUUAGGUGCUGUUCUGAGCAUUAUUUGUGGCUAUAGAGUGGCGUUUUGGUUGAGGUUUGUUUAUGGCUCCUCAGACAGCUGUGUAUUGCCAGUGGUCGUCGUUGGUAUAACUAGAGAAGCAAGCGGUCGGCAACAUUCAUCUCUCGAGGGGGUAUCUAACUUGGUGUUACAGUGUGUUUGACCCUAAAUUAAUUUUACACCUGAAUGUCCCUUUAAGUAGCUAAAAUUAACACUUUUCCAAGCAUCUCGCACUAAAUAAAUAUAAAAGAAAGAGACCAUUUUCUUUCCUCUUCUUUAGCGAAUGUUAAAAACUAGUCCCUUAGCUAUGUCUCUAAACCAUUUCUAAUUCUGUUUUUGAGGUUUAUUUUUGUGCCUCUACUAAGAGAGAAGUGGACAGAGCAGGAAGCUAGAAAGAGAGAGCAGGAAAACAACACAUGGUAAAAGGCCAGCGGUUGGAAUCAAACUGUCUGCCCCAAAGGCCACAGCCUCUGCACACAAGACACGUGACUCGACUGCAAAGCCAAACUGCUGCUCAUGUCCCUGAACCUUGUUUUCCUCAUCACAGAGCCCAAAAUAGUGAGGGUUUUCUAGGGAUACUAAAAUGCUUUGGAAUUAUGACCUUGAAUGAGUUUGUCACUGUUGGAAAAUUAAUAAUAUCACCCCUAAAAUUAUCAGUGAAUCAAAAAUUAAAUCUCCAAAUAUUAUCAUAAAAUUUCUGGACCUGCUCACUGGGAACUCUAAGAUUAUAAAAGCAUUUCCAUCUUUACAACACUGAGAGUUGAAAACCCAACGUUCGAUGUAUUUUUCAGAGUUCACAAUCCUCCUCUUUAACAAUAAAUGACUGCCUGCAAACCAUUUUAAAGAUGCUGACUCUGCCUCUUUUCUGCUUGUUUGUCUCCAGAACAGUACCAUCUGAAUAACUCCGCCUACGGGCAAAUUGGACAAGGACUUCCUCGUCCCCAGAGCAACCACAGCACAGUGGGACUCAACAAGUAUACCUCUCUCAAAGCUGUGGGUAAGUCGGUGUUUUGACCACGAUCUUAAUAUUCCAGUAUUGUAUAUUGUUUUGUGUGUUUUUUCUGGCCUGGCUGUGUCUAGUGUAUGUGUAAUGUGUGUGUGUGUCGUGAGUUUGUUGCCUAUUUUGUAUGCAAAUUAGGUGUGCCAUUGCAUGCUCCUGAUUGGCUGCUUCAACUCCCAUGCAACAGGUGGUAGACUGCUACAGAGCUGGGUUUUCAAUUGAAGGAGGAAGCGUUUUGUUAGUUAAUAGUUGUCCUCAGUUAUUAUUUACCAUUGUUGCACCCUGAGGAGGUUUUUGUAGCCUAAAUAAAUUACUCCUUUGUUAAAACCCUUAAAGUCUUUCAUGUGGCCAUUUGAGAGGUGGGUGAAAUGAGUCCUCCACUUCCAUGUUGUGUUCUAGCCACCCCAAGAUGGGUCAUAACAGUCAGACACAUGAUAUGAUGCUGACUCCACCUGACACAGUAACCUUUCAAGUACAGUACAAGAACAGGAGCUGUCAGAUUGCAGGGGUGUUGAUCUCAUAACCCAAGCGGCUCCUGUUUGGCACUGUGGUGUGAUUGGUAAUUGGCUCUGGUGUGAUUGACGUAACAAAGUCUUUUUCAGUGAACUCUUUCUACAAGUCCUGGGAAUUGACUAACGGGAAUGCCAGAGUUGGAACUUUUUUGUUGUUGUUGUAAUAAAUUACACAUCACUGCGCGGCAGAAAUGCAAGUCUGCGCCACAGUCAGAGCUGUAUAAUACAUGUAUUUGAUGAAACGCAGCUUCUGGGAAUUGGGAGAAAUUACUGGGACAGACUUUAAAGCUAUAAAACUAUGUGACUGUGAAUGCACCAUCCUCUCUUCCUUACUUUUCUUUAAAUAUUUAACAGUUAAACUCAGUUUUAUCUAGAGCUGUGGUUUCUGUAUAGUACAUAUUAAAUACUUCUACCACAAUUUGAUCGUUUUAAAAUCAGAACUUUUAUCAGAUUUUUAUCGUGAGUAAAAUUUUAUUGGCUUGGAAAAACAAUCACUUGAGUGUAUCUGGGAAUUAAGAACUAAAAACACAUUUUGGUAACCCAUCAUUUUCUAAUUGUCCAUCCUUUUCGUUCAAAGUGUAAAUUUAACAUGUUUUCACUACCAUACUGUGAUUUGCAUUUUAUUUGCAUGCAUGGAAUAGAAUCAAAACUGGUCAUUGCAGGAAGAGCUUUUGCAAAAAAUAUUCACAACACUAACAUUUGCAUUUAACAAUUAUACUUAUACAUACAUACUAUACUACAGGACUUUUUAGCAGUGAAGGUCACAGUACUAUCUGCAUAAAAUAACAAUAAAAUGCAUGAUCCUCUGGCAUUUCAGUUCCCAUUUAUUAAGAUUAAACUUUGAUAUGCUGAAAAUGCUUGAAAAGUAUCACAAAUCAAUUCAAAUCUAUCAGAUCUGUAGAUUUUCUCUUUAUACAUAAUAAAAAUUGUGCAUUUUAUGUACCCAGUCAUACAGUCCUUCUCUGCACAUAUGCCUCUAGAUAUUUAUGCUAUAAAUGCAGCUCCUCUGCUGUUUUUGACAGCUGAUUGUACAAACUGUUUUAUGUCAGCAAAGGUCACACACACAGAAACACACACUAACACACACACAUACACGUGCACAUGUUGUCCUGUUAUAGUAGGUGUAAUAAUGUACAUAACAUCAGACCUCAGGCAUCAGGUUGGAACAAAAUGAUCCCCCACCAGUGAGCCGCGGGCGAGUCACUGCCUGUCACGGUAGAUUUUCUUUAUCAUUCAUAAAAGGUUAUCUGAGCGUGAGUGUGGUUUUAAAGAAAUAACACACUGCAGAUAAAGCUCGCACACACGUGAGAUGUUAUAAAGAGUAAAAGCUUCUACACACAGACACACCUUAGGUUUUGUGAAUAAGGUUCCUCACUGAGGGUGGUAAGAAAGUUUUUUACCUUUAGCUAGCACCACUAACACCCCACCUUUUCACAUAACUGUAUAUCAGCUCCUCAGCCGUCUUAAAGCCAAGUGAUCUACAUAACUUCAUAAAAAUAGUAAUUUUGGAAAUAAAAAUAUUCUUUCAAUUUUACAUAAGCAAGGGCAGCCCUAAAUCUUCCAUAAUAUCUCGUGAAUUGAUUUCCUUUAAAUCCAACUUACAUCUUUGUAGUUUGUGAGUGAGUUGUUGUUAGCAACAACUUAGCUGAAGAACUCAUCUCCAGCUAGUUUUCAAAUGUUUGUGUUAUUUAAUUUAUGAAUGAAUGAGAACCAGUCAAAGGAUCUAAAGCAGCUAGUGAAUACACAAUGCUUAGAGGUGAAAUCUGAAACAGCAUGUCCCAGGAAAAUGUCAGUGAUUCAUGUAACAAACACAAAGGGGGGCAUUGUUCUUGCUCUGCUCUACAGCCCGACUGAACACUCAGAUAUAAAACAGAUAACUUUGUUCGGGUAUUUCCGGGAAGAUUUGUAACAAUUUAUUGUAAUUUUUAGGAAAUGCUGCUUUAAAAUGAAUAUCAGAUGAAAACAGCAAAUGUUGUAAGGAUCACUUACUUUAAAGCAAAGUGAGGCAAACACACACAUCUCAGUUUUAAGUUUAUUUAAAUAAUUCUCUGUGACAUUCCUGCUAGCCUGUGACACAUACGCAUAUUCACACGUGCGAACUCUGGGCUCAGGGCGUGGGUAUUUAUAAACCCUCACUGCUACAUUAUGUCCCCACGUUCUAACACACGUACCUUUACCUCCAUAUCUGUUGCACUCCUCACUUUCUCUCUCUUUAUAUCGCCCUCCAUACCUUCUGCCUUCUUUAUAUCAGGCAGUAAAAAAGUGCUGCUUGUAUUCACCUUGAGGGCGUUAACCGAUUGGAAAUACAUAAAUCACCAGCUUUCCUCUUUGAUCUUCUUCGAACCCUCUCUUUCAUCCUCGCUGCCCUCCGCCUCCUGCUGACUCUCAUUUAAUGUUAUCAUUACACAUGUGCAGUUUCACUUGUAAUAUCAAACCCUCUUGACUAGGAGGUCUAAGUAAUUAGAAAUGUAAUGCCUUUGCUGUUCAUCCAAUUGCUUGUAUUUUACCCAUAAAAAUAUUUUUAAAUCAGUUUUAUUCUGUUAAAAUUCAUAUGGCAACUGCUUCUUCCUCGUACAUUUAAAGCUUAUAAAUAAAAAUGAAUGAAAAUGUACUGAAAAUAAGUUUUAUAGCACUUAAAUAAAUAAUUAAAGCUUCUGUGAGGAACUUUUGAUUUAUGUCAACUUUGGCGCCCCCCUGUGGUUGAAUCAGUCUUUUCUUAUCUCACUGUCCAAAUGCUUUUCUUGUGUCCUCUGACUUUAAAAUCUCAUUCUGCAGACUUUUGACAGUCACAAAUUUCAUUUAUUGUUAAUAUCUUAUGAGAUUGUUAAAGCAAGGCUGUUUCUCCAGUUGAUAGGUUGACACUACCCCCCCUCACAUCAGUUUCAGACAUUAAAAAAUAGGAAAUAAAAAUCAUCAGUCCUGUUGUGAUGGUCUUGUUUGCUUUUAAAUAUCAUGAAAAGGUAUUAAUAUGAAGUUUUGUGCUUUUCGUAAACCUAACAAAAAAACUCCCUAGGAGCUUUAAAGAGACAGUUUGUUAUUUUAAGUACAGUUGUUUGAGGUACUUGUGAAUGGCACGUGUAUACACAGUUCUUGGUCAUGAGAUCAGAUGGUGAGAGCAAAAGGAGCUCAGUUAUAUGACAGCUGAAGUACAGGCUUGUUAAAUAUUCAUCUCAUUAGAUGGAGGUGUAUUCACAUCAUCUGAUAACCACUAAAACCAAGAAAAAACUGAGGAAUCAAGAGAGACUUAGCUUUGGGCUCUCAUAAUUCUUACACAGCAGCACUGUUUAAACUGCUUAAAAGUCAUCGCCAAAACUUGAUACUUGUGACUUUCAUAUAAAUCUAGGCAAAAAAAAAAACCCUAUCCUGAGCACCAUCAGGAUGAAAGAGUUUCUUAAAAUCAGCAAACCUACAUGGUGGCAUUGACCCCUACUGCAGGUUGAUAGCCUUGCCUCUGCGCCAGCUUUUCUGCAACCAGUUUCUCAACAAUGGGGCCAAGCUGACCAACAACCCCAUGAAUCCACCCAUUAUUUUUACUGUUUAUCCUUUUCAGGGUCACAAGGGGGAUGGAGCCAAUCCUGAGAACCCCUGUAAGAAAUAUGCUUGAUUUUAACAUCCUUAUUUCAUACAACCGCAAUUUAAAAGAAAAACAGACCAUCCCUUAAUGUCACCUUCCUCCUAAACCCGUUAAAAGAGAACAGACGUCGAGUGAGCAACCUGACUGUGUCUAAAUAGUAGCAACUCACCAAAGAUAGCGAACAUUACCUAAUGUUGGCCACCAGAAGCUACAGGUCACUGCAGACCAAGUGAGGCUGGAACAGCAAAACCGUUUAGCGUAUUAAAUUAAGCAAGUGUGGGUUUUACUACUUAAGCAUUCGAGCAGGAAGAAAAAAAAAGUAAUUUCUUCUUGAAGAGUUGCUCCGUCUUCCUUUGAAACUUUUGAAAUACUUUGUUGGGGAAAAGAAGGGGACGUUUUCGACAGUUAGGAGCCGGGAGGUCCUAAUAAAUGCAUCAGGGAUUAAGUGUGAUUCAGUCUUCAGUGUUCCUAAAAUGACUGACUCUGUGUUUGCACAUUGGCAGUUCAUUUUAGGCUACUUCUGCAGUGACUCAGAACUGCAUCAGACUGUGACAAAUUGAAAAUGACUCUAAAGUAUAAACAAGUUUAAAGAGGCCAAAAAUAGAAUGUGUUUGCAAAACUGGCCUAAUUGUGAAGGGUUAUAAACAGAGGAAACUACAGUAAAUUAAAGGAUUAAUCCGGUUAAUUCCAACUUCAGCUUUGUUUGACUUUCUGUGGUGACAACUCACAUUUCAUAAACAACAUCCUAAUCCUUGAAGUAAGUAAUUAGAUUAAAACUUUUUCUGGGGGUGUAACACGACCUCACAAUCUUUGGCUGCUCUUUGCAGUAUGCUACCCAUCAGAGUGAAUGUCCACUGCUAUGUUGGUGUAUUGAAAAAGUGAGUAUGUUUGGAUGUGAGGUUGAGGGGAGGGGCUGACCAGCACUAAAUCAAUACAUUUAUACAGUCAACAUUGCCCGUGGCUACUUCAUUGGCUGGCUAAUUGGAUAGUUCAGUAUGGUGUUAAUGACGCUCUGUGUUUGGUUGGAGCGGUGGAUGUCGCUCAGUAUAAAAAAGGAAAAGAGGCUUCACAUAAGUUAGUGUCCCCUCUGUUGCUAAAUACAGCCUGUUUAUUGGUCGGUAAUGUCACAUGAGAGCACCGGAAGCGAUGUUAUGUCAUUCUGUGUAAUGUUUUUAGUUUUAUAUUGAACAGUGCUAGCAGCUCAUUAGAUGGACAGUGGGAGUUUGCGAUUCUGUGCCAGAGCUGCAGCAUAUGAUCCAACAUAAUAACCAUCUCUGCUGUAUAGGUUAGUGUUUUAAGUACAGUAAGUUUCCUAAUUUGAAAAUUCCUUGCCAAGUGGAGUAUUUUCCUUUCAAAUACAGCCCUGUUUUAGAAAUUUCUGCAAAAAAUAUUCACAAUAAAUUACACAUUUUACUAUCAAAAGUCAGAGGAAUGUGCUAUUUUGUCAGAAGAUACAACCUAAGAUGUAGAGAACAAAACAAGAAAAGGUUGCUCUGUCCACAGGAGGCGGAAAAAACCUCACAGGAGCUUUAAAAAGGGAUCAGAAUUAUAAAUUAAGGGGGAAAGAAAAUCCAUGAAACAUGUGGAUAUGUUGAACUGUGCUGUGCAGUUGCAUGUUUAAUAUGGGAGCUGCAGACCAUCUUUACAACCUACACUUUUAACAAAAUGCUUGAGCAUUUUGGAGACUAAAGCAGCAUUUUGCUCCAUCCAUCCAUUCAGACAAGUUAGCAAGCUAUAAACACUGCAGUAAAGGGGUUACAAGCUUCAAAAUGUCAGGUUGUGACGUGUUCAGUAGCCAGAGUCAAUACCCUAAGCUGUUUCAGGGCAACGGGUGUUUUCAUCUGAAGGAUGACCCUGUAAACUGGCGACUUCCAGCUAAAUGACUUGGUGCUACUAAAACACGAGUCUUUACAACUUGUUUUUUUUAAUCACAUCAAAAUACACUAAUUAAUCCAGUUUUGACUACAGAAAAAUAAGACCAGGGGCUGAUAUUCAAUUCACAGUUUGUAUGGUGUGUAGAUAAAAAAAAAACAAUUAUUUCUAGCCCUGGUUAUGAUGAGUGGCCCUCAGAGUAAUAAUGGUUGUCAGCACUUUGGCUUAAUUUUACAGCCUUGAAAACUGCUGCUGUGUUUGUUGAUAAAAUAAAGUUGGACCAGGGAUCUAAGGUUAGGGUUAAGGUUUGAGUGUUAGAGUUUUAGGGUAAAGGUUAGAGUGUUAGGGUUAGAGGGUUGGGGCUUAAGGGUUAGGGUUAAUGUAAGAUAAGAUGUGCCUUUAUUCGUCCCACAAGGGGAAAUUCCAAAUUUACAGCAGAGAUAAAUGAAAAAAGAGAGGGUUUGAGUGUUAGAGUUUCAGGGUAAGGGUUAGAAUGUUUGGGUUAGGGUUUGAGGGUAAGGGUUUGAGUGUUAGGGUUAGGGUUAGAGGGUUAGGGUGACAGGGUUAGAGUUUGAGUGUUAGGGUUAGAGGGUUAGGGUGACAGGGUUAGGGUUUGUGUGUUAGGGUUUGUGUGUUAGGGUUUAGAUUAAGGGUUAAAGGAUUAGGGUUACAUGGUUAUGUUUAAGUCUACAAUCUGUAAAGUGUGUAGCAAUCAAGACAACCCUGGAUGUGAAACCCACACAUUCCUUACAGGAAAGUUUCCUUAUCUGGUCCCAGGAAACAGGAUAUAAAUCUUUCCAGACGUGUUUGCACUUUCAGGUUAAAUAAGUGACCCAACCGGAGGUUGACUAAACCUCUGACUCUUCAGGAUUGGUCAGUUCGGCGAACAGAGACAGAGUUUUUAUUACCUUUCAAACUGACUCCAUUUGCUGACCAUCUAAAUAAACAUUAACCUUAACCCAGAUCUCCCAUUUGAGAUUAAGCGUCUUAAAGUGUGUGAACAUACGGACCCCAGGAUAAGGGGGGACACUGACCUCCAGACCUCGGUCGUAAAACCCUGCUCGACCAUACACUGAUAAAGACUGCAUUCCUUUGGUGAAAGAAUACAAAUGACUGAUCAUGACAUCUUAUGCAUUCAGCAAUGUACUAAUCUGUCUAAUCAUGAAAUUUGUGUUAAAAUGAGAUGUUUCCCGUUUUUCUAUGUGCUUCAGAAGCCAAGUUAUCUUAUCUGACAGAAUAAAUCCUUAUUCUUUUGUUCUUUAGACCAACAGCUUUUCAGACUGUUUCAUGAACUUUUAAGAGUUAAAUUUAUUGACUAUGAAUCCUAAGUUUACUCUAAGUAACAGAAAUAGUUUAGAAAUGUUUGGUUUAUAUUUUAGUUAUUUAUUUAGUAUCUUAACCAUUAGGUGGUUAUAAUGUCACUGAAUAAUCUGAAUGUGAGUAUUUAGAAUCCAUUAUUAAUCAUGAUGACGUUCAUUCACAUGUGUUUACUCUUUUGUUGUUCACAGUUUCUAUGUGUUACUAUCUGUUUCAUUUCAGAGUAAUUUAGCAUGUUCAAUGUGAUACUUAAAACAUAAUGAGAAUGUUUGAUGUGAUCCUACACUUCAUUCAUAUGUGUUUAGUAUCAAAUUAUUUAUCAUGAAACCAAGCAUUCAAUGAUAUUAAUCAUAGUGAGUGAGUAUCAGAUCUGACUCUUUUACCAGCCAAAAGAAUAAGUUAGAUCAAAUAAUCAGAGACCCGAUGACCCCUCCUCUUUCUCCUCAGACACUCCCAGUGUGAGAAGAUAAAACCAGUGGAGUGGGGUUGCUCACUCUCUUACGCUCUCUUAGCUCUCUUAUGCUUCUGCUCUUCUGCUGACUCUCUUGUCCCCGGCUCUUAUGCCCCUUCUCUUCUGCCCACACCCUUCUGUGGUGCGUUUCUUUGUUUUCUCUUAGAACUUUUUCUUAGUCUUCUAAGUUUUACGCCACGUGUUGAUUCACGUUGAUUUUCUUUAACAUCGUCUUAGUUCAAGUUUUGAAACUUCAACUUUUUGUGCGCAUAGCAAUUCAAGAUUAAGCCUUUGAUUGAUUUUUCUUUAAAUUCGCGAAGCCAUUUUUGAAAGUUUUCUCUGCUCUUCGAGCCUCGUUUUUCUGAGUUUUCUGCGUGAUUUCAAAGUCACCUCCGAACGCAAUCCAACAGGCCCAGGUCAUCCUCUGUGCCAGAGUUUUUGAGUGAGACUAAAGAAGUACCCAAACGAGCAUCCACAGGAUCCACAGGCGCUGGUUUUUGCUUCGGGCCUGAGUGCUGCAACUCCUGGCUCAUCCUUCGGCUGACUUCAGUCGUCUUCUGAGCUGAACCGCUCGAACCGCCAGUAGCCCCGGACCUUCGGAACCUGCUCCAUCUUCUCCAAGGACCAGUCUCACUUAAGUAUGCAAACCUCCAGAGCUCCAGACAGGGCUGAUGCUGUCUCACGCGUUCAUAACUCAGAUAUCCACCUAUUUCUGGUGAUCUUAGAUUCCUCCGAAUCUACACCCGAGUUUAUCUCGACACCAAAGUUAGUGUAGGUUAAUAUGUUAGCGCAUAUUCACUCACUAUCAUUAACUUUAGUGCUCCUAGCCUGACUCAGAAUCUUUAUUUAUUCACCUAUUAUUAUUUAUCUUCAUUAUCUUAUCAUCAUUUAUUGCAUGUGUGUUGUACCAUCAUUUAUUCUGUAAUAAACAGAUCAUUAUUUUUCUAAGUUCCUGUCUGUUAGUGUUCUUCCAGAAGUGGAGUCCCUGAAAUUAGAAUUUCGACUUAAGAUAUGAGACUGAUUAAUUAAAACUGACUUGAUGUUUGAUUUCUGAAUUAAACUUUUGCUUUCUUUAUUUUCCCACCAUUAAGGGUGGGUGGUGCCCCUUUCAACGAGUGCAUAAAUGUCAUAAUUUGAGAUUAUUAAUCUUCAGACAUUUAUUAUAAAUUCCAAUCGCUACAGUAUUAUUUUGGUGCGGCCUUGUGAGGCUCAUUUCAAAUCGCUACAUAUAUUUUGGUGCGACCGUGUGAGGCUCAUUUAAAAUCACUACAUAUAUUUUGGUGCCCCUGCGUGAGGCGUUUCAAACAAAACUUCUGGAUACUAACAGACAACCUAAAACUUAGCCUUCCAAAUUGAUGAGAGAAACUUAUUUCCAGGCUAUCCUAGACUUAAUCACAAUAAAUGCUAUGCUUGCUGAAGUUGCUUGACUAAGUUCUGAUGUUUUCCUGAUCUAUGCAUAAAACCUUUAUGCUCUGUGUUUCACACACUUUUGUACUACAUGCCUGUAGUCUGUGUUUGAGCUGGACAGCGUGAAAUGUUGUUCUGAGUAGCAGUGAGACUGCUUCUUCUGCUCUGUCUAGACUGUCCAAUAUUUAAGUGCACGAUUGUUGCGUCGCCGUACGCUUGUAUUUAAGGCCUUUGGCUGAACCCAGUGUUCGCGAUGCUCCGAGCUGUGGUUUCAAGCCCCUGAAGUCUCUGUAGUCGGCUACGAGGUUCUAGUAACUAUAUGGGAUUCAGAUUUCCUCCUUUCCCCUGACAGAUUAGCUACCUGUCACAGGAAACCACUGUAACAGUGGGAGGUUGUUGUUUGAUCGAAUUCAGACAAAAUUUGUGUUCACAAAUCGCCGCAUUUGUGAUUUUUAAGUUUGCAGUUGAAUCUGCUAUUGAGGGAUUUGUCACUUUGAUUCUUGUCUCUAUAGUCUGCUACGAAGUUCUAGUAAUUAUAUGGGAUUCAGAUUUCCUCCUUUCCCCUGACAGAUUAACUACCUGUCACAGGAAACCACUGUAACAGUGGGAGGUUGUUGUUUGAAUGAAUUCAGACAAAAUCCGUGAUCACAAAUCGCCGCAUUUGUGAUUUUUUUAAGUCUGCAGUUGAAUCUGCUGUUUAAGGAUUUGCCACUUUGAUCCUUGUUCCUGUAAAUGAUUUUAUUGAACCAAUCUGCCUGAGCAGAUGGUGUAAAGUUCUAUGUUUGAGGGUGCAGACGCAGCCUGCUGUGAAAUGUUAACCCUUUGUUGUCAGUGGAGAGACUGACCAAUUGGCCUUAAGCAGAUAAGGCCCUUCAAGGAGGCAGAGCCUAAAGGCCCCUUCCUGCACACUUCCCAACUCCUCACAGCAACAAGAGGCUAGUUGGAUGACUGUUUCUUCUUCUCUUCUUCUUCUCCACUUGUGUUGAGCUUGUGCAGUUACCCCAACUCCAUACUGCCCCACAUGGUUGCUUUUGGUAUUGAGCUAACACUGCUAUUAUCUGCCUGCAGUAUCAGCCAGCUGUACUGCCUCCCUGUAGUCAGUGUGUAACACUCUACAGACAUAACUCAAGUGAUUGACUUGGUUGAUGAAGUUUGAUGUGCUUAUUCUAAAUCACUGAUCAUUGAUUUUGAUGUAUUGAUGAAGUAACUCCUUGAAUCAAUCACCUGAUCUGUUGUUACUUAUCACACCAGUGAGCAGUUUUACUGUUCCCUAUAAUACAUGAAUGUAUUAACCCUACUCAUAAGAUUAAUUAAUUAACGAACAAAUUAAUUAAUAUUUCAAAUUUCUUUUAACAUUCCAGAUAGAUUGGGUAUUUGAACCUUUGGAUUUAUUGCAAUUUGUGAAUUAACUUCAGAGUUAAUUCCUUAAAUUGACAAUUUCAUCGAUUUUGCCAAUUCAUCCAACUGCACCAGGCAGUUUAUUUAAGCUUUGCUGAUCUCUGCAACACGGAGACAAACUGAACCCUUUAUUCAAUGGUUCUGUAUCUGAUGUUAAAUUUAAUUUAACAUUACUUCACCUUGUUUUAUUUCAAUUUUCGUUGAAAUGAAUUUAACUUUAUGUUAUUUUUCUCUCCAUUAGAUAUCUACUCAGAUAGGCUCUUCCUCUUUAUCAAGCACUGAUAAAUUAAGUCGAUUAACCCACUUAAUUUGAUAUUGUGCUUCUUCCUUUCAUUUUAAGUCAACUCAAACUCAUCAACCAAUCAGCUGCACCUCUUUACCAAAACCAAACAUGCCUAACACAAAAGAGUCCAGCCAGGGAGACCCCCUGAGGGACAUACACCCAGUGUUGGCAAACUUGACUAGUCAGCUGAUACCUCAGUACAUGACUAAGAUUCAAAAGGCCAAACCCUCCAAUCCGGAGGAUGAAAUGGCUGACCUACUGGAAACAGCCUUAACCACGACACUUCGUGACAAAGAGCUCACUAGACGCAUGUCUGUCGUGAUGUCUUCUCAGCUUGAGUAUAAAGACUACUUGCUGGAAUGCGCUUUAGCAAAGAUAAAGACGCAAAAAGAAGAAAACAGCGCUCUGAAAAAGACGCUAGAAGAGACUAAGAAGUCUCUAAGUGUUUUAGAAAAACACAGUGCCAGAUGUGAAGCGUCAAAGCUUCCCUCACUAGGUCAUGAAGAAAAUCUUGAUCUCAAAGACAAGAUUGAAAGACUUAAUGAGACCCUUUACAAAAAGGAGAAAGAACUUGAUGACACGAAUAAGCAGCUUGCUAAGACCACAGAGGAUCUGAUACAGUCAGAAUCCCUACUAGAGCAAGCAACAGAAGAUGUAAAAGCUUUGAAAGCACUGGUCAAAGUGCGUGCUGAAGCUCUUGAAAUUAAGGAGAAGCAAACUUCUACCUUACAGCACCAGCUCCAGAUAGCUCAAAGACAGUUAAUUCUUUGUCAAGAACAGCGAGAAAAGACAGACAAAGAACUUGAAGAUGCCCAAAGAGAGUUACAAUGCUCCCUCCAGUCAGGUCGAGCCCAAAGAGAACGCAUGGAGCAAACGUUUCUUGAAGAAAUGAUAGGUGAUCAGCCUCCUGAGAGAGCGCCAUCACUUCCUUCCAAACCAACUCUUAAGUAUCUCUCUCAGCAUCAUGACAGGACCCUGCUUGACCCUGAGAGGUCAUCCUUAAACCAAGAGUCCUACUCUCCUCCUCAUGAUGGCUUCUUACCAUCUCCCUCAGAUAGGGAUCUUGACAAAAUUGCUCGCAACAUAGCACGCUUUGAACCUGAGCACCAAGGUGCUACUGACACCUGCACCUACUUGAAAGAUAUUGACUUUUACCUGAGGAAAUUUCCAGGUGCAACCACUGAUGACAAAAUCUACCUUAUUAAGGCAACGUCAAGUCGAGAGGUUAGCAGUUUCCUUGAACGACAGCCUUAUCAUGUCAGAAAUAAUUAUGACUUGCUCUGCCAAGCAUUAAUUGAAGAGUUUUCUGAUCAUUUGACCCAGACAGGCCUUUCUGCUGCUCUGUCUAUUAAACAAGGGAGAUCAGAACCUCCCCAACAAUAUUACAACCGCUUACGCGAAGCUUACUUUGGUUUCCGAAAUGAACCAGAAAUGGAGGAGGACUUGAACUUCAAAACGCUGUUCGUCCAGAACCUCCACCCUACCACCAGUCAUCACCUUGGCGUCUUAGCUUGUCCAAACACUUUGACUAGCCGACAGCUUCGUGAACUUGCUGUAAAAGGUUUUGCCAAACAACGACAAACUUUGGCUAAGAAAGCAGAGCCUGUUACUCUGUUGGCUAUGGAGACAAAAUCACUGCCCAUGGAGCUGAACGAAGCUUCAGAUUGUGUAUUUUCAGGCUCCGAUAAGCCUCCAAAUGAGUGGUUAACCAGGCCUCCAAAACCUUUUCGACCUCAACACACUCACAAAGGUCAAAGUUACACACCAAGGCCCAGGUCUGACACAGACCAAUGCCCGGUAAACUUUGAGACCAACUGUUGUUAUUCAGACUCCCGUCACGGUGGGUUUUAUCCCAGACAAAGGAAAAACCACCAACACCACCAAAGGGGGUGAAUGACUGGCAGAAUCAGAGUAAAUCACACUCUCAGAAACGACGAUCUUAUUAUCCACCUCAAUCGGUUUCAUCCACUUUGAAGGUGAAUAAACAUGACUACUCAGCUAACCACUGAGAUUAACACUGUGGAGUCAUGAAGGUGUGAGUCCUGCGAAAGCAGAAGUCACCCAGCCAAAGCUAAAUGACUCCAAUAAGAUAUCCAAAUGCUGUGGUGAUACAUUGAUGACUGCAAUCCCAGUUGCUGCUUUCUUUGUUAGCAUUUGUCUCUCCUCUGUCAAUAUAGUCAGCUUGUCAGCUGUCAAAUAUCCCAUGAACAGAUUAAAACCUGAAAUUUCUGUCAUUAAGACUCAGAUUGACAAAUUUCAGACUUAAUAGCAGAUAAUUAGUCAAACCGAUAAGAGCAUCAUCCCCAAGUUUAACAGACAAAGUUUAAGAGAAACUCUGUGCAGUAAACUUUUGAUGUUUGUGAUUCAGGUUGACUAUGCUCAUACACAGAUGGUUAAUAUGUCUAUAGCAGACAUUUCUUUUCCACCUAAGUCUUAACCAUUUUUGAAACUGAAAUUGAACUUUCAGACUUCUCCAGCAAGCAUGAAAAACAGCUAUAGCUUUAGAUCCAGUUAGCAUUCAGACUAAAGAGUGCUUUUCUAAGUCUCAUUAAUAUUGAAAAUUAGGAGAUUUUCUUUCACAUUAGUCUACCAAUAGUUAACUGAGAAGAGUCUAACAACUAGACGAUUUUAUUUGAUAGCUUAAUGCAUGCUUAAUUUUAUCUCAAAGCAGUACUAGUGAUUCACAUAGUGAUGACGAGACGCAUCAGUCCUAUUUGCAUACACCUGCUGCUGCUGCUGCUGCUUCAUGGUUGUCUACUCGUCGUCCCGAUGCUCCAUGGACAGGACCACCGUGACGAAGGGGGACUGUAGCAAUCAAGACAACCCUGGAUGUGAAACCCACACAUUCCUUACAGGAAAGUUUCCUUAUCUGGUCCCAGGAAACAGGAUAUAAAUCUUUCCAGACGUGUUUGCACUUUCAGGUUAAAUAAGUGACCCAACCGGAGGUUGACUAAACCUCUGACUCUUCAGGAUUGGUCAGUUCGGCGAACAGAGACAGAGUUUUUAUUACCUUUCAAACUGACUCCAUUUGCUGACCAUCUAAAUAAACAUUAACCUUAACCCAGAUCUCCCAUUUGAGAUUAAGCGUCUUAAAGUGUGUGAACAUACGGACCCCAGGAUAAGGGGGGACACUGACCUCCAGACCUCGGUCGUAAAACCCUGCUCGACCAUACACUGAUAAAGACUGCAUUCCUUUGGUGAAAGAAUACAAAUGACUGAUCAUGACAUCUUAUGCAUUCAGCAAUGUACUAAUCUGUCUAAUCAUGAAAUUUGUGUUAAAAUGAGAUGUUUCCCGUUUUUCUAUGUGCUUCAGAAGCCAAGUUAUCUUAUCUGACAGAAUAAAUCCUUAUUCUUUUGUUCUUUAGACCAACAGCUUUUCAGACUGUUUCAUGAACUUUUAAGAGUUAAAUUUAUUGACUAUGAAUCCUAAGUUUACUCUAAGUAACAGAAAUAGUUUAGAAAUGUUUGGUUUAUAUUUUAGUUAUUUAUUUAGUAUCUUAACCAUUAGGUGGUUAUAAUGUCACUGAAUAAUCUGAAUGUGAGUAUUUAGAAUCCAUUAUUAAUCAUGAUGACGUUCAUUCACAUGUGUUUACUCUUUUGUUGUUCACAGUUUCUAUGUGUUACUAUCUGUUUCAUUUCAGAGUAAUUUAGCAUGUUCAAUGUGAUACUUAAAACAUAAUGAGAAUGUUUGAUGUGAUCCUACACUUCAUUCAUAUGUGUUUAGUAUCAAAUUAUUUAUCAUGAAACCAAGCAUUCAAUGAUAUUAAUCAUAGUGAGUGAGUAUCAGAUCUGACUCUUUUACCAGCCAAAAGAAUAAGUUAGAUCAAAUAAUCAGAGACCCGAUGACCCCUCCUCUUUCUCCUCAGACACUCCCAGUGUGAGAAGAUAAAACCAGUGGAGUGGGGUUGCUCACUCUCUUACGCUCUCUUAGCUCUCUUAUGCUUCUGCUCUUCUGCUGACUCUCUUGUCCCCGGCUCUUAUGCCCCUUCUCUUCUGCCCACACCCUUCUGUGGUGCGUUUCUUUGUUUUCUCUUAGAACUUUUUCUUAGUCUUCUAAGUUUUACGCCACGUGUUGAUUCACGUUGAUUUUCUUUAACAUCGUCUUAGUUCAAGUUUUGAAACUUCAACUUUUUGUGCGCAUAGCAAUUCAAGAUUAAGCCUUUGAUUGAUUUUUCUUUAAAUUCGCGAAGCCAUUUUUGAAAGUUUUCUCUGCUCUUCGAGCCUCGUUUUUCUGAGUUUUCUGCGUGAUUUCAAAGUCACCUCCGAACGCAAUCCAACAGGCCCAGGUCAUCCUCUGUGCCAGAGUUUUUGAGUGAGACUAAAGAAGUACCCAAACGAGCAUCCACAGGAUCCACAGGCGCUGGUUUUUGCUUCGGGCCUGAGUGCUGCAACUCCUGGCUCAUCCUUCGGCUGACUUCAGUCGUCUUCUGAGCUGAACCGCUCGAACCGCCAGUAGCCCCGGACCUUCGGAACCUGCUCCAUCUUCUCCAAGGACCAGUCUCACUUAAGUAUGCAAACCUCCAGAGCUCCAGACAGGGCUGAUGCUGUCUCACGCGUUCAUAACUCAGAUAUCCACCUAUUUCUGGUGAUCUUAGAUUCCUCCGAAUCUACACCCGAGUUUAUCUCGACACCAAAGUUAGUGUAGGUUAAUAUGUUAGCGCAUAUUCACUCACUAUCAUUAACUUUAGUGCUCCUAGCCUGACUCAGAAUCUUUAUUUAUUCACCUAUUAUUAUUUAUCUUCAUUAUCUUAUCAUCAUUUAUUGCAUGUGUGUUGUACCAUCAUUUAUCCUGUAAUAAACAGAUCAUUAUUUUUCUAAGUUCCUGUCUGUUAGUGUUCUUCCAGAAGUGGAGUCCCUGAAAUUAGAAUUUCGACUUAAGAUAUGAGACUGAUUAAUUAAAACUGACUUGAUGUUUGAUUUCUGAAUUAAACUUUUGCUUUCUUUAUUUUCCCACCAUUAAGGGUGGGUGGUGCCCCUUUCAACGAGUGCAUAAAUGUCAUAAUUUGAGAUUAUUAAUCUUCAGACAUUUAUUAUAAAUUCCAAUCGCUACAGUAUUAUUUUGGUGCGGCCUUGUGAGGCUCAUUUCAAAUCGCUACAUAUAUUUUGGUGCGACCGUGUGAGGCUCAUUUAAAAUCACUACAAGUGUGUUUACAAAAUUCAGUUUCUAUUACAAUUAAAAUUUAAUUUGAAAAUUUUCUCAAAUAUUGUGUCAAGGCAGUCUUCUGAGAUAUGCUGUUGUCCAUUAUAACAAUGAUUAAAAUGCAGCUUAUAGUGCAGCCUCAAUUAGCAUACUGUCUCUGGCUAACCUGACAAACCAGCUCAUGCCUCUUGCUCCAUGUCACUAUAAUUAGCGAUUUAAGUCAUUAACUGUGAGAAAAUGUUGCCCAGCAGUGAUGUAAAAAUAAAAAUGACCCCAUAACUCAGUGAUAAAUAAAUGCUUUGAACACAUAUAUUGUUACUUUUCCUAAUAAGCCUCUUCACCCCCUUCUGUCUUCUUUGCAGCACACAGUGCGUCGAAGAGCUACUACAAGAGCUACCCACUCAUGGACUUCUCUCAUUAUCAGCCGGUGGCACCUCCUGCUUUCCAGCCUGUGUCCGUACAGCCCAAAGAGAAGUCAUACAUCCACCCGCAUGUGUCAGCUCACCACGAUCUCCAAGCCCCCCUGUCCAUUUCCAUCCCAUCAAGCCACCUGGAGCACUCACAUCUUCCCAAGACCACCACACACCCGAUGCUAUCCACCUCAGCCUUCAGAGCCUGGGAGCCCGCUGCCCGCCAUGUCCACAGGCAGACCUCAGCCCCUGCACACACUAACUCCUCCUCGUCCUCCAGCAUGCACAACUCCAACCGUAGACAGUUCUACUCGACCCGGAGGCAGCAGAGUAUAGAGAACAUGUCGGACCUCUUUAGCCAGCCCUACGGAGGGAUGUACAGAGGAGCAGUGGAGGGGUUGAGGCAUGGGCACCAUGUACAGGGACAACAACAACAACACCCUUCUCAACACCCACUGCAACACCCGCCUCAACCCUCCUACUACCACCAUGCAAGACAGAAGAGUUACUCCACCCACAGUACGACUGAGGUGACCGUCUGAGUGUCACAGCUUCAGAGAGUGACCUGCAUCACUUUCAAGUUAGCUCAAUGCCAGAGUUUAGGAUACUUUGCCCAAACAAUGAGACAUUUACUACAUGAAAAGAGGUGUUUUGAAAUGUGGGAUUGGGAAAGCAGACAAAGCACCAGGUAUUUUGUUAGGAAAUCUGAAAAGGUUGCUUAAAACCACUCUCAGGCUCCUGCAGGUCAUGCAACCCUCACAGAUACUCAACCGCUACAGUUUAGGUGUUAAAGUGUGGUUUUGUUGUGCUUCAUAGAUAAAGGAACAGGAGAACUGAGCAAUGUAACCCACACCAGCUGCUGGAGCAGCUAACAAGUUUCAUUUAGUCUGUGGAGAGGGUUAGUCUCCCUGAUAUUUGGCAGGAAUAAACAGUGAGUGUGUGUUAGCUGAGUGACUAUGGUUAGGCUAAGGUCAGCAGUACAUGUAGCUACAAUAACAAGCUGCCUCACGGGCAGGUUUGGUCUCGAAUAACAUUCCAUAAUGAGCCUGGAGCUGACAAAGACCACAGCCUGAGCAUACGUUUUCUGACAUUAUCUGUAAGUUUAGAGCAAUCAAGCAGCUCUCACUAUUCGCUGAAUUUAUGUAAAUGUACUUUAUAACCUUUAAGAUAAAUUUGGUAGGUUCACCUUGAGAUGAGAGACCUUUGUAACCAGUUACAAGUUGCAGCCAGUUACAACUACCUACAGCCACAGGGGAGACACUGAUAUGGAGACAAUCCAACUGUAAAUAAACAUAGAUGUAUUUUAGCAGAAUAGUUCAACUCAGAAUCACAAUGAAUCAAAACUAGACAAGUUUUAAAAGAUAAAAAACUCACCCUACAAUCAAUGGGCUGCAGAAAGCGUACUGUUUGCUCGCACACUGUCACAGGGUCUCUCUGUGGAUUAUUAAACUCAAUACAUUUACAAAGUUAAAGCUCCUGUUUGGAACUUUUGAGGCCCACUAUGGUAACGUGACCAGAUGUCCCCCAUUUCCAGGGACAGUCCCUGUAUUGGAUGACCUGUCACCAGAAACAUCCCCGAUUUAGGCGUUUCAUGAAUGAGAACAAAAAUGUUGCAUGUUGACUCGAACAACGGUUUUUACGGUAGCUGAGAAGGUAGGAAGCACGAGUAAGCAUGUUGCGCACAGUCCUGAACAACAAUUUUAAUGGGGGCCUGCGCUGCUACUAAGUAGUACCGAGAUGUUGUCUGUGAUCACGCAGCCAAUUGGUGCGCAAACCACAUGCAAGAGGAAAUCAACCCCUAACCGUAUUAUAUCGAUGCUGUAGUCAGACUUUAAGAGAUCUGACUUUGUACAAUUUCAUUAGGACUCUGUCACCAUGUGUUAGAACGAGACAAACACGUUUUUUUUUCUUCGUUCAAACUCACUGACAAUCAACAAAUGAAACUAUCUUUUAGCAAGCGAACAAGCAGCCUGUUAGCUAAAGUAAAUUAAAGAAUUAAUUAUAACAUGAGGGAGUUUGGCAGACACAUUGGAUAUCACAGAGAUUUCUUCCAGUUGACUCACCUCCAUACACAUAUGUCAGUGGAAAUGAGCCCUUACACUUGGAGCUUCCUCGGCAAUGUGCUCUCACUCCCUUACAGGAAUACUUUCCCUUUUUUUAGGGAUGCAGUUUUUCUUUCAAAUAGUCGUUUAAGAAGUAUUUUACAACUUUUGUAUCUGUAAGAAAUAUUAAGGUCCUACCAUCGAGCAUUUACCUGAGCAAAGGGACAGUUAGCUGUUGUAAAGCCGCGUUCAGACCAAACGCGACCAGGUCGCGUCGCGUCGCUUUGGUCGGUCACGUCGCGUCGCGGGGUGCUCUGGUGUGUUCACACCGGGUCCAAAGCUGCAGUCGCAGGUCGCGGCUGGUCGCCGGUGACGUCAUCCAUGUCACUAGCUCAGUUUUCAGUUCAUCAGUGCUGCCGCAUAUCUGUACAUCCGCAGUAGACGCCGCCGGCGUUUAUGGGUGCAUGAAACCAUCCGGAGGAGGACGGAGCUGGGUGAAUUUCACCGCUUGCUCCAGGAACUCCGCCUGGACGACGGCCGCUUCCAGCGGUACUUCCGUGUGUCGACGGCGCAGUUCGAGGACCUCCUCGCCCGGGUGGGAAGCAGCAUCUCCCGCCUGGACACGAAAUACAGGCGCUCCGAAACUGAGAUGCUUCUUCUUUGGCGUUGCGGUCCCGGUACAGCCCGCAACCCACGUCGUAUAGCACCGGGUGGUAGCUAACGGAUGUGAUUAACUGCUCCUCCAUUGUGAUUCUUCUUCUCCUCUUCCUUGUUUCGCCGGUUUGUUGACGUCAGCAGAGCCCUGAUUGGCUGUCGCGGCACGGAGUCGCUGCCAAAGUUCAAAUAUUUGAACUUUGGGAGCGACGCGACUUGGCGUCCUGCGACCUCGGCGAUGCGACCUCGGGGACGCGCCUUGGCGACCGGUCGCUAGGUCGCGUCAGGUCGCGUCGCAGGCAGACGGCGGUCGCCAAGUCGCGUCAGGUCGCGGCUGGCCAUAGACUUUGCAUUGGGAGCCGUCGCCAAGUCGCGUCAGGUCGCGUUUGGUCUGAACGCGGCUUUAGGCUAUCUAUGGUGAAGCUAAAAAUGCCCAGUUACUGCACACAAAAAAGUCCCCAUGUCUCCAAUCAAUCUGUUUGCACGGUUUUAGUCUAGAUAGCUGAGCUAACUAGCCGCUUUUCACCGUUGAAUCUACUUCCAGGCAAGAGUGGGACCAAUCAUCUCAUCUAACUCAAAGCCAGUUACUAUAACAGUAACAAAUGGAAGUCCAUAUUAGUAAAGGGCAGACAAGCAAAGCAAAAAAGUUAACUUAUUUAUUAUAUGUUUUUUUUUUUUAUUUGACUUUUUUUGUACCUUAUUUAGUUAAAUCUAUUUUUAUGAAUUUAUUCCAGAAGUCAGUGCUGGAAUAGUCAUUUUCUUCUUCAUUGAUCUCAAAGCAGUGGGUUUACUGUAGGCCUAUUUUGAAUAAUAUUAUUGUUAAUGUAGAUCAGGAUGUCCUCUGUAACGGAAUUAAGUUUGUGCUUUGAUCAAAAAUAUCAAAGUCUAAUUUGAAGGCUUUAAAGGUGAUGGUGUUUGGGCUGUUUGCUACAUGUUUUAGUUUAGUUCUAAGGGACUCGUAUUGCUUAUUUUCACCUUUUAUUUUUUCAUCCUGGGACACCUAUGGAGAAACUUUGCAUGAUUAGCAGCACAAAAAAAAAUCAUAAAACUCAUUUAUGCCCAUAAAAACUGUGUUUCAGCACUUUAUAGCUGCGGCCCAAAAAGUGUAAUUUUGGCUGCUGUUCAGUCGUUUAACAUAAGACACACGCAUUCCUAAUGUGGUUGUUUUCACAUCGCUAGAAAGUUAUGCCUUUACAGAAAACAUCUGAGGCAAGCUGUAAGCAUCCACUUGUCUCCCCCAUUUAGCCGUGUUGGCAUUCAUUUGCUAUUGUCUCAUUAGCUGCUGUUAUAAUAUUACUUACAGUUAGCAGUAACAGUCGACAUGCAAAUCCAGCUUGUACUGACCUGUUUGUGGAGGAGUCAUCAGUGACGUUGGGAGGAAAACAAACAGCUACGUUGUUGUUCCAAAAACAUGAAACUACCCACCGUUUUCUGGUUCCUUUGACUUUAGGAAGAUAUAGAUGUAGCCGUGUUGAAAAACAGGGCAUUGAGGGAGCCUGAAAAACACUAAACAGACUACACUGCCAUGUAUCUGUCAUGGUUGAGGAUGGACAUCUUCCAAAGCACAGAUCGGCACCACAAAUUCAACCUCAAAGCAGCCGGUAUGUCUGGCAUGGAUCUAAUAUUUGACAUCUUGAAGCAAAAAUUGAAGUGAUGGAGUGAGCUGAAUCACUCCAGGAAGUAGGAUGGUUUUUGCACCAUUCCUGUUGUUACAUCAGCACAGGAUGAAAAAUGUUAUUGUUAUGUACGAGCUACUUUUUGUUAGUAUGUGGGCUACAGAAACAACGCAGAGGCUUUUCUAUCGUCACAUUCUCAGGGCUGCUCAGCUGGAGGAUGACUAAAGCGAACAUGAACAGGAAUAGAAACAUGAUUCUCCUUCUAUGGGACCCUUAAAAUCUCAUUGCAAGCCCAUUUUUAAACAUUUUUCAUUAUUUCGUUAAAGGUAUGAGGCAUUGAUGUGUCAGAAUUAUGGCACAGGAAGUUUUUGCACUUGUCCAUAUUUAUAUAAGACCUAUAAAACCACGUCUCUGGAGGCUGAUUGAAUUUACAUCCGUGAAAUAGCAAACCUUAUUUAGCCGGCUUACAUAAAAAUCAUUCCAAAAAUAAUUAAAGCAUGAACAUUUGGAUUGAUAUUAGAAGAUGUAAGAAUUUAGUCAAAUUAACUCUAUCCAAACAAUUUAGUUACGUGAUCAUAAAUCAUCUCAAAGGAACUCAAUCCAGGUCAGGCCCAGCAGAGGCCUUUUUGUGCGUUCCUUUUUUGGUAUGUUCCUAUUAUUUUUCCGAAAAACACCUCCUGUUUUCUCCUCCUCUCUUUCUUACCCCCUUUGGCCUUUCCCACCCUCUCUCCACUAUGAACUGCUCUGCAUCUUGUGCCAUCAGGCCCAGCAAAAAGGGACAUUAUCCCUGGGGGUCACAUUAACUCUACAGGGAGGACAAUGCCACCAUCAUGUCAGCUCCCAUCAUCCUCCAUCCCGACCACAGAAAGGAAUAGUAGGAGGAGUGGGACGCAGUCAGGGCCAGGGGCUGAGACUCUUUAGAAAAGAAUAAAAUGGGAGGAGAGAGAAGAAGAAAAUAGAAAAACAAAAGGCACACUGGCUGCAUGUUUUCUUUCCUUGAGGGGAGUAAGGGAAGGAGUCACUGUGGAUCUAGGUCUCUCACUACGAAGCUGCUUGGGUCAUAUCUUCCAUGUGUGUAUGCAUGUAGAUGCAUGUGUUUAGUUUUCCUCCCCUGAGCACCAUCGCAGGGGGAUUUACUGAGGCAUUUUCAGGCCCGCAGCGGUAAAUAUUUCUCUUUUUGUCUCUGAUUUGUGCAACAGUUUGUGCAAUUGUCCACUGUGCUUGCUGAGGAAAGCUCACGGCUGCAACACCCUGAGGAAAUGCACAAUGAGGUGAACUGUUAAUGAUUGCACAUGUGUCAAGAGCCUUGCAUAAGGAUGUGGAAAAAAAAAAAAGUUUGUUCUAAAAAGAGGGGAGUACAUUAUGUUCAACUCUUUGUUUGGUUGAAGUGUUAAAGGGCUUUUGUAACAGCUGGAUGAAGAGUCAAGCAAAAAUGAGUACAGAAGUGAAACCAAGCCAAUUAAAAAACUGAAGAAGUGGACAAAUCACAAAAAAAUGAUAAACACAGCUUUACUAAAUGACUAAAGAAGUGCUCACAAAGCCUUCAGUUCAAAACACUGAGGCUUUAGCAAGGAAAAGUUUUCCUUUUUUGCAAAAAACAAACAAACAUUUUUUUUCAACCAAGCCUGAUUUUUUUUAUUUUUACUAAUACAUAAUCAAAAUUCUCACCAUAACAGCAAUCUGUAUGCAAGAGUUUCUUCUAGGAGCAGAAAGGGAGUCCAGAUAAUGCCUGACUACUAACCGUGUAUUAGUAUGGACAGUGUGCAACAAUCUCCUUCCAUUAAAAAAAUAGUGAACACGCCACAACAGGCGAUGAUUUUUGCCCUAAUCCCAAAGCAUGUGCAGACGUGAUCUGGCUGGUAGAGUUGCAGGAUUGGCGUUGUACCUUUUCUGCUCCCCAAAACACACUUAAAGGUGCCAUCAUUAAAAAGAUACGUGUGUUGAUUUAAAUCAGUCACUCUAUAAAGUUUAAAAUCUCAUGUGAGAGGACAUCAGUCAUACUGUCCGUCUCUUCAUUCAGUCUACAGUACGAGCCUGUCUAAUCACGCAACCACACGCAGGUGCUGAUUUAUACUCUAUAAACAACAGUCGGGAAGACUUGUUAUUUAGACCGUCUAUCAGAGUUAUUAACAAGUUCAAGAGCCUGCAUUAUUCUUUUAGGUCAAUUGGGGGCAGCAAAAGCUAGCUGAGAACACUGCCAUACAACUAAUACAGCCAACAUGACAGCAAAAUAUCCCUAAUCUACAACAAUGAUUUUAAAUGAUCAUGUGUUACAAUCAUCUUUUUUUAAUCUCUUCAGUCUUUAUAAACCCCCAAAUGUUAACAUCCAGCUAACUCUAUAGAGGCUAAAAUCUGGUCCUCAAGUUGAAGGUUAACUUAGAGUUCCUACAUGCAGCAUUUUAAUGAAUAAAACUCAAAGACAAGUGAGACUGAACACCUAUGAUGCAAUUAAGCUGAAAGAUGCUUAAAGCUGUAGAGUUAAGGGGUCACUGAGGGUAUGACUGUCAAUUCUUUGAGGGUUUAUCACGCCGAGCAAACUUACAAACUGUUUAACAAUAGGCGUCUGAUUGUUAACGUAUAAAAACUGAUUACAGGUACUUCCAUUACUUUAACAGUAGUUCCGGUUAUUCCUAAAAAUAAUAUUUGGAAAAGUGUUUUUUAUCAAGCAUCUAUAUGACUUUAAUAAGGAUAAUAUAUAAAAGUUUUCCUCCCCCGUGUAAAUCUGUGUCUUUCCGUGAAAACGUAUUCUAUAUAUAUGAGCCAUUUUUCGGCAUCCUUUUAGACAAACCGCACACAGAAAAUACAAUUGCUGUAAAUCAAAGUUCAAUUUUAGUUCAACCUGGUAAAUUGAAGGUGUGAUCACACCCCAAUAUCCCUGCUAAGAGAGGUUUAUCUCCCAAAUACCUGACAUGAGUGCCCCCCUGAAACAAAACACUGAUACAAACUAAUAGUCACAUCUUUUCUCAUGACCUGAAAUCAUAAUUUUCUAUCCAAAACACUUCUUAGGAAACAACACACCUGAUUCUGUGUCCUGGUUCACAUCUGCUCUUUUUUUAAGUCUCUUCUGAUUUUUAACAAAACUUCACUUUGACCGUAGAUAUUCUUAUUUUUCAUCUCACCAAUGCAGCUAAAGAUUCUGAGCAGGCAUCUUUAGCUCUAAAUACUCAGUGUAACAGCUUUUAUUUGCAGGUCAAGAGACACAAAUUCAGUUUUUUUGAUAAGCAAUUCGGGUUUAGUUCUUUAGCAUGAUCGGGUGCUUCCAUUGUCUUUUCUUUAAACGAAAUCUCUCUUUUUCUCCCCCUUGACAAUUUAUCUCAGUUCUUUGUGGAUGAAUUGAAAAAAAAACCCAACUUUUUUUCCUGCUAUUAAUGAUGUUUGUCAUCAUCUGUACAUUAUGAUUCAAUUUCUCUGAACACAUGAGGUUUUAUGUACGUUUUUGUUUUGUUUUGGUUAGUUUAUAUGUAGUGCAAACCUCUCCUGUGUUCUACUUUAGCUCUGAAAAUAGUGUAAAUAUGUUUAAUACUGGAAUUUUCUAUGUAUUUUGUUUGAAUAAGGGCUGUAUGCAAUAAGUCGUUUUAUUCUAAGAAUAUUUAUUACAAUCUGUUGAUGUCAAAGUGUGUUACUUCAAGUUAAGGGUUUAAGUAACAUGGAAUAAGAUGCAAAGAGGGAACUAUAUUAACUGGUCCGUGCAAAAGAGGAGGAUGUGGUCAGCCUACUGUAUUUAAAGUCACAUUACUGCAGAGGGUUUUCACAUAAGUGGCAAAACACAGUGACACAAAUGUACUGUGGGAGAUGACAAAGCAGCUGUAAAGCAGACAGGUUGUCUCAGGCAUCGCAAGUGUUUCCUCUGUGUGUUUACACAAUAGUGACAGAGUUAAAUGGGACACAGAGGAAAAACUAGUACUGAUCAGAAUGGAUUUGAUUUGCAGUAAAACGUUUGUGCAUGUAGCAGAUAGGCUGGGACCUCUGCAGGACUGGAUAACAGGAUGAUAAGAACCAGUGUAUAUUCUGUAUGUAACUGUACUCAUUACAACAUAACUUAUUUAUACACAAAAUGUUCUAGAAAUGUUAUUUGCUGAGGAUUGUUUAGAAGCCGAUUCCACUUUUGAAGAUGAAUCAUUAAAGAUUGUAAAAUUAUUG